AUGCGACUGGACAACAUGCUUUUAGCAGAAGGGGUAGCAGGCCCUGAAAAAGGAGGGGGUUCAGCCGCAGCGGCUGCCGCAGCCGCAGCUUCUGGGGGUGCCGGCUCGGACAAUUCUGUGGAGCAUUCGGACUACAGAGCAAAACUAUCUCAAAUUCGACAGAUCUACCACACCGAGUUGGAGAAAUAUGAGCAGGUACUAAUCUUGUGCGUGGCAGUUUCCCGUACCACAGUAGAAGCCAACAUAUAAUGUUGGACUGCACACAAAAAAAUCCAUGCUCCUAUGGAUAAGGUGCUGGAUCUGGGUUCGAAUUCCACCUUAUCCUUGUUCUCAGAGUUUAUGCACUCAGCAGAAUAAAGCAGCAAAGCCAUUUUUAGAACAGUACCACUUCAUGAUGCAGGUGGAAGAGUUUCAUACAUGGGUAGGCAAACUAAGGCCCAGGGGGCCGGAUCUGGCCCAAUCGCCUUCUAAAUCCGGCCCGCAGAUGGUGCAGGGAUCAGCGUGUUUUUACAUGAGUAGAAUGUGUCCUUUUAUUUAAAAUGCAUCUCUGGGUUAUUUGUGGGGCAUAGGAAUUCGUUCAUUUUUUUUUUUUUCCAAAAUAUAGUCCGGCCCUCCAAAAGGUCUGAGGGACAGUGGUCCGGCCCCCUGCUGAAAAAGUUUGCUGACCCCUGGUUUCAUAGAUCCAAAUUGGGAUGCUCUCUAUAAACAAAGCUUAAUAUAGAAAAAUAACAUUUUUGGGAGGACUGGUUUGUUAUUUUUUUUAUUUAUCAAAUUUCUAUCCUGCCCUUCCUCUCCAAGGACUUGGCUGAAUCCUUUUUCUGGAAAUGCUGGUUUUCAACAUGCAGGGGGAUUUGUUUGUGGAGAGCAUUCCUACAGGCUGCCUCCUCAACUAGAUCCUAAAAUGAUGCAGCCCAGGAAAAGCUUUGCGGCUAAUCAUGAUAACACAUCAUCUCACAGGACUACUCUGAUGUUGGAUUUGAUGGUGAAGGAUUCUUAAGACAAGCUGUAUAUGCAAAUAAUGUUUAGAGAGUUCACAUCCCAUUAACAUUACUGAGUUCCUUCAAUGCCGGAAUCUCAACUAAAGCAUCCAUGACAGAUGGACAUCCAAUCUCUGCUUAAAAACCUCUAAGGAUGCUUCAUAUGAGAUUCCGGCAAUGCAGAGAAUUGGACUAGAUGACCCUUAGGUCCUUUCCAACUCUAUGAUUCUAUGAUUUCCUUUCAGUCUCCUGCUUCCCAGGCUAAACAUACCCAACUCCCUCAACUGGUCUUCAUAAGGCUUGGCUUACAGACCCUUGAUCAUCCUAGUUGCCCUCCUCCUCCUCUGCACACGUUCCAGCUUGUCAACAUCCUUCUUAAAUUGUGGCGCCCAGAAUUGGACACAAUAUUCCAGGUGUGGUCUGACCAAGGCAGAAUAGAGUUCGACUAUGACUUCCGUUGAUCAGGACACUAGACUUUUGCUGAUGCAGCCUAGAAUAUUUAACAUAUGACAGAGGCCAUAUCCACUCAAUACAUUUAAAGCACAUGACUUUCCCCAAAGAAUGCUGGGAACUGUUAAGCAUGCUGGGAAUUGUAGCUCUGUGAGUGGUAAACUACAGUUCCCAUGAUUCUUUGGGGGAAGCCAUGAAAAUGCUAUGAAUGUACUCUAAAUGUAUGGUAUAGAUGUGACCUUCAGAGUAAUAUGCAUAUUUCUUUCCUACAAUGAACCUCUAGGAAAUUUUUGUGGAACUUCUUACUCCAACAUGUGAACUCCUUGCAGCCUUUUGUGAAUUAAUCUUAAUACAUUGUGAUGUACAGAACUGUUAAAUCCUGAACUGCAGCUGGAAGGGGCAGCAUCAGCAUGAGUUCUUCCCCGCUCCCUUAGCCUCCAGAUCUCAGAAAAGCAUGUUAUCAAAAUACUGUAAUAUCUGAAUAGUACCUGAACAUUCCCUUUGCAGUUUUGUCUAGUAUUUAUAGGUGACAAACUCAUAGUUCCUGAAAGAUUGAUUUAAAGGUUUAAAGUACUAAAUAAUACAUUUCUGUAUUUAGAAGUUAGAAAAGUUGUGCAGUGAUUCUAGUACAACCUGAUCUAGUGGGUUGGAGUGUGUGUGUUUUUUGUUUUUUUGUUUUUUUUUUACAGACAAGGAUAUUCAAUGCACACACCUACUCUCCAUACCAAUGGGACGCAGGUGGUGCUGUGGGUAAAAGCCUCAGCGCCUAGGGCUUGCCGAUCGAAAGGUCGGCGGUUCGAAUCCCCGCGGUGGGGUGCGCUCCCGUUGUUCGGUCCCAGCGCCUGCCAACCUAGCAGUUCGAAAGCACCCCCGGGUGCAAGUAGAUAAAUAGGGACCGCUUACUGGUGGGAAGGUAAACAGCGUUUCCGUGUGCUGCGCUGGCUCGCCAGAUGUGGCUUUGUCACGCUGGCCACGUGACCCGGAAGUGUCUCCGGACAGCGCUGGCCCCUGGCCUCUUGACAACCCUAGAGUCUGUCAAGACUGGCCCGUACGGGCAGGGGUACCUUUACCUUUACCUUACUCUCCAUACCACAGAAAUCCAUGUGCGCAAGGGAUUUCCAUAAAUUCUUUUGUGCAUAAGACACUGAACAGAGGCAGCAUUCCUGAAUUUUCUCUUGCAAAGAUCACCUUCAAGCUGGUUUCAUCUUUUUCCAUCUCAGCUGAUUUUUUAAAGGAUUCCCAAGAUGAAUUGUAGCAUUUACAAGACCUAUUCACUGCACCAAAGAUAUGCCCUAAAGCCACUGUUGUCACUUUAUAUUUUUAAAACGCUAAUGAAUUGACUAGACAGGAAAAACUCCCUCCUCUGUUGAGAGUGGGUUUCUUUUAGAUUUCCCUCCUUUUUCUGGAAAUUACAGGAUAUUCACUAAAAAUGCCCUCUAAGGGUGGAAUUCAGUGUUGUGCUAUGAUGAACAUUCCAUUUGCACAAGCAUUUCAUCUUGCCGGCUGGAGCGAUCACCACUAGAGCGAUCUUCCCCUAGCACUCUCCCAACACACCAGGGCCAGCUCACCCAUGAUGCAAGGAGAGGUGACUGCCUCAGGCAGCAGCAUUCACCAGGGCAUCAGAUCCAGACGUCACUAUUUCUUCCACCCUUGUUCCUGAUGUAGAGGGAGAUCUUCCCUCACCCCUUCUUCCCUGGCAGGAAGGGGCUGUGCCAUUUUGGGUCCACUUCAGCUCCUUUAAAAUCUUCCCAGGUUUGGCCUCUGGGCUUGGCAAAUUUGGGAAAAGAACUUCAUUUGGGAGCAACAGGGACAAGAAAGGCUUGUCAUUCCCCUAGCGAUAGCGAGGAAGAAAUAAAUAUAUGGAAACUAGCUUUCUCUGUAGAUCAGCUCCAUGGUUUGCCGCUUUCUCAUAAGACAGAGUAGUGAGUAAACUUCGGUCCUAUUCCAACUAUACCCAGGAUGGCACCCAGUUUCCUUUCUAACAAAGGGCAGGAAUGUAAAUAAUAGAGAUCAGCAGUAAUCCUACCUUUGUCUCUCGACAGGACUUACCCAGACAGACACCCUCACCCAGCUGGGGGCUCUUGUUACUCCUACUAUGCUGCUCCAUAGAGCCCAGGGGUCGGCAAGGUUUUCCUUGCCUGGGCCGGUUCACUCCAGCUGAGAUCCCUCUGUGGGCCGGAUUGCAUGCACAGCUGCGAUUUCCGGCGUCUGAGCAUGUGCAGACGUGAUUUCCGGCACCGCAGAAGCGAGUCCCUGCGCCAUGCUGCGCCGGUUUAGUGCAGCGCACAGGGACUUGCCAAGCGGGCGGCUCAGUUCGGGGGCAGCUCGUGGGCCAGUUAAACGACCCCCAUGAGACACUUCUGGCCCAUGGGCCUUAGGUUGCCUACCCUUGAUAGAGCCCUCAUAUUGUGUGAGCCUGGCUGUGGGGGUGCCCGACCAGCAACUGAAUGGAAAACCAUCCUCUUCCAGGUGUGGUGAGCUCUCUCCUUCAGUCUCACAGCCCUAGAAAGGCAGGGGGAGAGCAGUUCAGAUAGGUUGGCUUGUGCAAGGAGCCAAUCUGCCUGGAGCCUUUGUAGGACUUAGGGAAUAAGAAUCUCUUUACUGCCCAUUCAUUAGUCUUUGCCUUUAGGCCAUAUAUGUUUGCAUCACAUGCCUCCUCGUAUCGUAUCCCCGCCUGGCUAAGGGAAAGGAAGACUCCUUGAUACGGCCAGCGAAGAAACUGACAUUAAGAAUCCUCUGUCAAAUUAACAUUGUGGUCAGUCAUCAAGAACAGGGCCCUCCAGAAACUGGGUGUACGAGCUUCUGGCAGCAAGAUGCCUUUGGCACGUCUAAUUUCAGUUAUUACCUGUUUGCCCUUUCAUGUCAGGGAUCCUGAUGUGCUCUACAACCCUCCUGCUUUGGCUCUAAUUAUUAUCCUUGUUAACACACAGGCGGAAAACUUGCUGAAAGUAAGUGUCAUGUUUUGUAUUUGCAAUGAGUUGAUUCGUGUCAUCCCCAAACCUGUGAUAACUCACCCUCUCUUAUCACCGGCUGCCAAAGUUUGGGCUGGCAUUAGUAACUGUCAGAGAUUCCAUUUCUAUCAGAGGUGACCAGUGGGAUUGUCAAGCAAUAAAUGCACAAGACUGCUUAGCAGCAAACCCAUUUGUGCAUGUUUGUCGGAGGCAACUGAGGUGCUAAUGGGGGUUGGGGGCUGUCCUCCUCCCAGUUGCUGUCUCCUAAGCCACCACUGUUUGCUGGGUGCCACCCGUCAGCUCCAGCUCUUGCCCUGGAAGGUGCAUCCCUGAACCUAUUGGGCUGCAUCACCCCCAGUGCUCAUGGCUACCAGGGUGGCAGAACAAUUAUUUUCUCUGGCCUGCUUCUAUAAGGAUCCCUGAUCUAUGACUCACUUCUAGGCCAGUUCUACACAUGAAACAGAAUACAGCGAUAGGAAUCAUAGGUGACAUUUUUUGAAUUCUGGUCCAUGUAAAAAGUUUCCUGCAGAUAAAUUAUUAUUAUUAUUAUUAUUAUUAUUAUUAUUAUUAUUAUUUAUACCCCGCCCAUCUGGCUGAGUUUCCCCAGCCACUCUGGGCGGCUUCCAAUCAAGUGUUAAAAACAAUACAGCAUUAAAUAUUAAAAACUUCCCUAAACAGGGCUGCCUUCAGAUGUCUUUUAAAGAUAGGAUAGCUGCUUAUUUUCUUCACAUCUGAAGGGAAGGCGUUCCACAGGGCGGGUGCCACUACCGAGAAGCCCUUCUGUCUGGUUCCCUGUAACCUCACUUCUCGCAAUGAGGAAACCACCAGAAGGCCCUCGGUGCUGGAUCUCAGUGUUCGGGCUGAACGGUGGGGGUGGAGACGCUCCUUCAGGUAUACAGGACCGAGGCCGUUUAGGGCUUUAAAGGUCAGCACCAAAACUUUGAAUUGUGCUUGGAAACGUACUGGGAGAUAAAUAAAUAAAUACCCUACACACAUCACAAAGAAAUGCUCUGGCCCAGCCUAUCUAUUUUCCAGUUUUGACACAAAUACGUUCACUGAGCUUACCCUGUAGCCAGAAGAUACAAAUCACAAUUUUUGCUCACAGACAGACGUAUUAAAACUUUUAUUUACAAAUUUGUUUGUUGAUUGUGUAAGAAUUGCAUACUCGUCGAGGGCCCUGAUCUGUGUUUCUGCAUGAGUUGAUGAUAUGGGAACAUGUCCUGAUCUGAAGGGGAUUUGUAGAGAGAUUCAGGGGACAAGUGCCUGUUCCAGUCAGGAGGAAUGCCCAAAAUAAGUGACUCAUGCAGAGACGCAACAGGCAUUUUCCCAGGCAGAAGGCAGGUAAUCCCACUGUAUCUCUGCACUGGGAGUGACUGAGUGAUACAAUCACACCCAGUCCAGAAGCAUAGCACAGUUACCAGAAUCCCACCUGGAAGAUUGCCUGUUGCAUCUCUGCAUGAGUCAGUGAUUGAGAGGUGGCAAGCCCAGUGACCUGUGAAGAGACACAAUAGGAAGUUUUCUCUGUAUGUGAACUCAUGAGAUCCUUUCAUUAUAUAAUUAAUCCAUCUGGGAUUAUAUAUUAGCUGUUUUCUCAUGACCCUGGCGCAUUCUGAGAACCUCAUUACUAUUGAGAGGGAAGGAUGAAUCUGCCAAUUUCAGUUUCUCACAGUUGUUUUUUUUCUCAGUCUGAAGUUCAGUUCUCCACACCUGUUUUGAUUUUUGUUAAGUCUUCAUGAAAAAUAAUCAACAUUUUAAUGUGAUUUUCUCCUGAUAUGCACCUGCCUGUAUGCCAUUUUGCCCAGUAUGCCAUUUUUACAAAUCGAUUUCCCCUUAAAUAAUGCAUUUUAUGUGUUUUUUUCAUUAAUAUGUUGUUGUUGUUAUCACCAUCAUUUCAUUUCUAUACCACUUUAUAUUUUUAAGGGAAAAAUCUGGAAGCGGUUUACAACCCACAUUAAAACAUCAAAUAAAACCAUCCAGAGUUAAACUACUGAAGAAAGUCACAUAUAAAGUAUACAUUCCAAGCAACAUAAUGAGCAGGAAACGAAAAUACUAUCUUGAACAUUUAAAAAGAAAACAUUAUUAAGGGAAGUCAAAUAUAAAGCACACAUAUAAAAGAGCAGAAUUAUCAAGAUAAAAGAACAUUGUCAUUGGCAUGGACCAUGGCUGCUGUUGCUGCCAGUCCUUCCAAAGACGGUGGCUGUGGAAGUUGAGGCUCCAUGACCCGGGCCCUCUUCUACAGCCUCAACUUUUGUAGCUGGAGUCCGUCAGGGCGCUGCCUUCCCAGUCCAGGUGGGAAAAGGCCCGUAAGGCACCGAGAAGGUCUUCCAGGCUGAGUCACAGCCAAGAUGAAUCUAUCCAUAGUACUGCAGAAUCGUAGAGUUGGAAGGGACCCCAGUGGUCAUCUAGUCCAACCCCCUGCAAUAUAGGAAUCUCAACUAAAGCAUCCAAGACAGAUGGCUAUUCAUAGAGUAGGUAUUCCUAUGGACACUUAACUUCAGUAUUUGCGUUUUUUUCACAUGUUAACAUCAACAACAUUAAGAAUACUAUUUGUAUCUCACCCCUCUGACUUCUUGCCCCAGUUUUAUAUGUACAAUUAUUAUUUUUGCAUUUGUGUGUACAUAUGCAUACACACUUUUGUGCUUAUUACCUGGCUGGAGAACUGCAUUGCAAAAUUCAGUGUGGAUUUUGAAGGAUGGCUGUUUUUCAGGCUGAAUAUUGUUUCAGAAUAUACAAAUUAGAUAGGUAAAGGUAAAGGGACUCCUGACAGUUAAGUCCAGUCGCGAACGACUCUGGGGUUGCGGCGCUCAUCUCGCUUUAUUGGCCGAGAGAGCCGACAGUUUUUCCGAGUCAUGUGGCCAGCAUGACUAAGCUGCUUCUGGCAAAACCAGAGCAGCACAUGGAAAUGCCGUUUACCUUCCUGCCGGAGCGGUACCUAUUUAUCUAUUUGCACUUUGACGUGCUUUCAAACUGCUAGGCUGGCAGGAGCAGGGACUGAGCAACGGGAGCUCACCCCGUCGUGGGGAUUUGAACCGCCGACCUUCUGAUCAGCAAUCUCUAGGCUCAGUGGUUUAGACCACAGCACCACCCACGUCCCCAAAUUAGAUAGGCUUGCCUUUAAAUAUGAGCUGAUUUUUUUCAAUUCAACACCCACCCACUCUGUAGCUUUUGUGCUGUUCAUUUCCACCCUCAGUCUUUGGCCUAGAUCUCACUGAGGUUUUCAACCUGUUUCUGAGCUUGGGCCACUUUAGACUUCAGACAGGGAUCCCACUCCUCUGCACAAAACAAUUCCCUUCAAACUAGCAUGGUAGGGAGAAGGGUUCUAGCAUAACUUGUUCUCCCUGAUGCUCAGCUCACAGGAAUCUUUCCCACUGUCCCAUGGGAGAAAAUCCCACUGUGUGUGCCUCUUCCCCCACCUGGUCUUGACAUAGGAUUGUCACUUCCAUAGGGUGUAAUCUUCACAGCAUUCACCAUUGUUCUUCUGGAGGCCUUGCACCAACUCUCCAUCAGCAAAAUAAAGCCAGUUUCUUUCAAGCACUAUCUGACCCUGUGCCAAACAAGUGCGGCCUGUUAAUGUUUCCAUGAUGUACGGUGUCCCAUACAUAUUUCUGCUUCUGAUAUCUUAUGUGUGGAUUUCCUCCCCUGUAAUGUUGAUUCCCUGUGUUAUUGAAGAAUAUUAGCUAGCCAGAGAUUUUGUUAGCCUGACUGAAACUGAACUUGUAUGAGCUGGAGGUGGAAUGCUAGUUUGGAACUGCAGAAAAAUGUCUGAUCAUGUGUUCAAAUAGUGUAUUUUAUGUCUUCUAAUGGCAGGUCCAUUCCAGAAUCACAUGGGCAGUACUUCUUAUAGCCAUAUCAACAGAGCAAAGGCUCAUCUCAUCUCUGAGAGCAUCUCAUUAAGUAACAAAAACACUUUGCCUUCCCUAGACGAUUUCUUUUCCUGUCUGCAAAUAGACUCUCUCACACAUCUGUGGCUCUGUAGUUGAUACUUACACUGAGUUCUGGACAUACAUUUUGAUUGUGCAUUUGGGGAAAUGAUCAUUCAUGCACAGGAAAAAAGCUGCCUGAGGUAUUUGGUUUGGUUUUUUUUAAGGUAGGGGUAUACAUUUUUAAAUAAAUGCAAACAAAAUAAAUCAGACCAUUGGUUCAGCUCUGUCACAGAUAAGAAUAGAUGAACCUGUCAAAUUGAGUUUUUCAUUUGUCCAAUCUUAAAUUCGGUUCUCCUUAUUUCUGCAUAAAUUUGAGAUUAUUAUUUUUUUAAAAAGCAUGAGAAUCCAUCAGCAUUUUAGUUUGCAUUUUUCCUAACAUGGAAAUUUUAUAUUUAAUUUUACCUAAUAUACACAUCGUUGCAAGCAGCUUUUCCUAAUACAAUGCAUUUUCAAGUUAUGUUCACUAAUAUAUGCAUUUAUGCACACUUUCCCCUAAUAUAUAUAUUUUGUAUGCAUUGUCUGGCUGGAGAACUGCACAGCCAAAUUUGUAGAAGUGCAAAUUUUGAAGGCUAGCUGUGUAUUGGUAAGUGCAAAUUAGGGAGGUUCACAAUAAAAUGUGAACCAAAGUGAAUUUCUCCCCCUAGUCAGAAAUUUGCGCAUUCUUCUGUCCAUGUGUGCAUGCACAUGCUUAUGCUCUUUUGCAUUUGCUCAUGUCCUAUCAUAAACUGGUGUUGGAUCUUUUAUUCCAUAAGGGUUUAGAUAGAGGUGUCACAGUAAUCCGAAAGGUUCAAUUUCUGACCUGCGUGAAAUGGCUCCAUAAUCACCAUAUGCCUGCUUAUAAAGAGGCGGAUUUAGGGGAGUGUGACCGGUUCUCUUGCAUUGGGCACUGAGCCAAGAGAGCGCCUCAGGGGGCAUCGCAACAGUGACAAACAGUGGAAGGUGAGAGGCGGGGAUGGCGAAGUUUGGCCUUCCACAGGGUACCACUGAAAUUUUAAAGCCCAAAGACUGCUACUGGGUUCUAUCCAAUUACUUUCUACUAAGGGAGAGAUUAUCAGUACACACAAAUUCUUGUGGAAGUAACGGAGGCAAAAAAAUGGUGGCUGGAUACAGAAACUUCUACAGAAGCUCAUUAGAGGUUGAAGAAUCUUUAUGCACAUCCAACUAUGCAUCCAAUUGAAAGCAAAGAAGUAGGAAAUGAUUGAAUUUAGCUGCACACCUAAAUAAGGAUCUGAGUGCACAUCUUAUGAAAAGCAAGAUGUGUAUUUGGAUACAUAUUCCUACCUGCAUCUUAUUUUCAUUGGUGGUUUCCCUAAAUGAGACAUUGUGUAGAGUUGCUCAGCAGAUGUUGAAGACCAUGGGUCAGAAAACCAGACAACGUUUGAAGGAAUAAAGGGGCAGGAUUCCUACAUCCCUGCUGCAGCCGCCUCUUGCACAGCAUGCAGUGACUCCUCCGGUCCUAAGGGAUCUUCUCGCUCUUUCUCUUGUUGUCCCAGGCAUGCAACGAGUUCACCACUCACGUGAUGAAUCUGCUGCGAGAGCAGAGCAGGACCCGGCCCAUCUCACCCAAGGAGAUAGAGCGGAUGGUCAGCAUCAUCCAUCGCAAGUUCAGUUCCAUCCAGAUGCAACUCAAACAGAGCACAUGUGAAGCUGUCAUGAUCCUGCGCUCCCGAUUUCUCGAUGCACGGUGAGUUUACCCCAGGCAUAACAAGAACCACUCACUGAAUCACUUCUGUGUGACUAAGAAGGAAGACUUGUAAAUUGGAAGAGAGACUGUUCCUCUUCUCCUUUCUUCAUCUUCUUCCAGUAUGUUGGGGCCACAAAUGACUAACAUAUGUGGGAGCAUUUUUUGGGGGGGAUCAGUAACUUUUGUAGACUGUUCUACCUGUUCCUUCAAGGUAGAUUUUCAAGGCUGUUCUACCUCCCCCCCCCCCAAAAAAAAAUAAACAAACGAAAGCUCCUAUUGAACCAUUUAAAGGAAAUAGUUGCUUAAGCUUGCUGGGGAAGAAGAUAGAUGAGCUACAGGGUUAUUUCUGUACAAACUGAGUUCAAACUAAAUGUAUAACAAAUUCAAUUGUCGAAGCUAGAAUUGAAAAGCAAAAUAAACAUAACAUGGACUGUACAAGUUCAGACUACAGGGAGGAGAUGCCCUCUUUGAAUGCUCUUCCAUGCAAAAGUUUUCUGCAGGUAGAAAAUUAGCACACUGGGGAGAAAAGUUAUUGGCCAGGCCUCUCACUAUUAUGCUGAUUUUUCUACUUGUUUGCCCCCCACCCCCUUACAGAGCAGAGCACAAACUAGUUUCCCAUAGUUUGCCCAUCUUUCAAGUAUGUGGCCAGUGCCACGUGAAAUUCUUCCAACUUGCUUCACUGCCUGUUUUCCAAUAAACUGGAAUUAUAAAGGCUACUUGGAAGUGGGUCGAUGGAAGGUGCUCUGUUUAAAAGGCAGCGAGUGAUGUUUGCAGUGUAACCGACAACGUGCUCCAAACUCCCACAAAAGAUUCAGGGAUCUCCCCUAAUAUCUAAUUUGACACAGAGCUAAACGUUACACACAAAUGCAAGUUUCUCACAUUAUUUUUUUUUAUUAAAGAAUCUUUGGAGGUGGACAUAGGGAGUGACAGCACAGCAGUUGGGGUGAUGGCACUUAGCCUAUCUCUUGGGUGGGUCAAAAUCACCUUCCACGUUUGUGAAGAGCAGUCGAUGGAAGGUAAUUUUCAUCAGAAAACUGUCACAUGAGGAAAGGGUUAAAUGAUUCGCUUCUUUGCCAGUCAGAUUUGCAUCCUCCCAAGGCUGCUGUUACUUUUAUGGAACAUCUAGUUUGACCAUUUGAGAUUCGCAUAACAGGAUGUGAGGACUGAUAUGUGGUGACUGUGGGCUCUUCCUUAAAUACAUUGCUUUUAGGUCAUUGAGUACUGAGCAUCCGUUUCUUUUUGACCAGGCGGAAAAGAAGAAAUUUCAACAAGCAGGCUACAGAAAUCCUCAAUGAGUAUUUCUAUUCCCACCUCAGCAACCCAUACCCCAGUGAGGAAGCCAAAGAGGAGCUAGCCAAGAAAUGUGGCAUCACAGUCUCACAGGUAAGAAACCCAGGUGCCUGUUCUAUGCCGAGAGCACCCGUCUUGUCUGUCUGGUUAUCCAUCCAUUUAUGUAAUCUGGGAGAGAUGGAAAGAGCCCGCACCAAAAAAAGUGCAUAGAAAGGGAGUACCAUUGGGAAUGAAGAAUGAGCAAAGAGGGGGAUGAGGGACUGAGGAGCAACAGAAUUCUGAGGACAUAAGAAAGGAGAAAUCUACUAAGCAAGAAAUGUAGACGUUGUCUAGGGAAGGGAUUGUAUUUGGGGGGAAAACGACUCUUAAAACUCAUGGCUCAGAGGGUAGAGCAUGGGACUCUUAAUCUCAGGGUCUUGGGUUUGAGCCCCAUCUUGGGCAAAAGAUUCCUGCAUUACAGGGGAUUGUUGUAUGAUUCUGCUGAAUUGUGUACAAUGAUUGUAUACGGCAGUUGGGUAUUCAGGGUCGUUUUUAGGCCCUUGAGUAUUUUAAUCCAAAGAAGAGCACAGUGUUGCUUGCACUAGAAUCAUGGGCAACUAUUCUGGGCAACCUCGCGAUGUUUAACUGGAGUUGCUCAAUGAGAAAAUAUGUAGCAGCGGGAAAAGAUCAUGAAAGACAACUUGUUGGAUGUCUGCUCAGAUAAUACCCUCAUCAUUUGGGUCAACAAUGAGGCUUCUUGGCCAGAGCUGCAUUUGAACUAAGAGCUCAUCCUAGAAUGUGCCCAGGAUUCAUCUGUAGUGCUGACAGUGGUUUCCAAGGCUGACAAAGCCACGUGGAAAGGAUUCACUGAAAGCAGAACAUUUGAAAACCACCACAUUUAGGAAACUUUUGUGAAGACUAUAUUGCCAUGGAUGGACUGGGGGGGGGGAGUUUCCAGGAUAAUUUCCAUCUUGUCAAGCAGUGUACAUAGUAAUUACUCUCCCAUUUGCUACUGAACAUAACACCUCCUUAAUGUUCUUCUUUGUGCUAUUUUAUGUGUUCCCACAUGGUUUGAGAUUUCUUAUUAAGGUGACAAAGAAGCCGGGUGCUCCUAGAAUAGAAAGCUCAGCUAUUGGCCACCAGUUAUUGGCUACCCUCAAGGAUGGGACUACGAAUGGUGGAAUUAUUGCUCCUCGCAACCUUCCCAAACUCUCAAUAAAGCCUUCCUUGAUAAGGAAGUUGCUGAAACAGAUUGAAGCUGGGCAGAUUUGUGACACCAAGAACUGCAUGAAUUUAUUACAUAGGUUGAAACAUAGAAUAAUAGAAUUGUAGAGUUGGAACGUAUCCUGAGGGUCAUCUCGUCUGACCCCCUGCAAUGCAGGAAUCUCAGCUAAAGCAUCCAUGACAGAUGACUAUCCAACCUCUGCUUAAAAACCUCCAAGGAAGGAGAGUCCACCACCUCUCAUGGGAGUCUAUUCCACUGCCAAACACCUCUUACUGUCAGAGAGUUCUUCCUGAUGUUUAGUCAGAAUCGCCUUUCUUGUAACUUGAAUCCAUUGAUUCAGGUCCUACCUUCUGGAGGUACCCAGUUGAUAACAUGACCACUCUGGCUGAUUAGAAGAAUUAAAACCAGCAGACCAGAGUCCCUCGAAAGGUGGUGGACUCCUUCAUUUGAGGUUUUUAAGCAGAGUUUGAAUAGCCAUCUGUUAUGGGUGCUUUCGUUAAGAUUUCUGCAUUGCAGGGGGGUCGGACUAGAUGACCCUUAGGGUCCCUUCCAACUCUACCAUUCUAGGAUUCUUUGAUUCUGUAAUUUUAUGGAUGAUGUAGAAAUUUGAUUUUGCCCCCUUAUGCUAUUGCCUCUCUAGUUUUUAUAAUGCUGUGGCUUUUGUAAAGGCUUUUGCCAUUUAGUCAAUAGGCAUUCCAUGAUCCAGGGGGCAGCCUAAAAAUAAGAUGGUAGCAAUGCCUAAGAGCUGUUUCCCAGUAUAUGCAGUUGGAGAUGGCAGCAGCGUUCUGCAGAUUGCUUCCAACUGGGAAGUCCGGCCAUACCAGUCUUUAUUGAAUUUCAUGUUACUUUUUUGUUGACCAUUUUUCCAGUUCACAUAUUUUUGAUUCAAACUUUUUGUCAUUGAAAGUGUUAACAAUUCCUCCUUCUUGGUUUCACCUGCAGCUUCAAAAGUAUUCUCUUCCAUCACCCAAAUCACUGAUGAGAUUAUUGUGUUCCAGUAGACUCAGAGCAGAGAUUAUUGUGUUUCAAUAGACUCAGCAGAAACUACUCUUGUUUUCUCUUGCCAUUUGCAUCUUGCAAUGUGCAUUUUUAUCCAGAUGUGUUCACCAGAUAGAAGUUUUGUGUAUUCAACCUUUCUAUCUGUCUUUUGUUUCUUUCUCAUGUGGGCUAGCAAAUGUUUAAGUAACGCCAGCUGUCAGGGUUCUCCUGUACUAGCCCCUUUGAAAUGAAUGAGACUUGUGGAGGAGAACUUCCUGAUAGGUUGUACAUCUGCAUGUUUUUUAUCUGCUAAAUAUUUUUUUUUAAGUAACGAAAGUUUACAUAGGUAUGAGUUGCUCUUGACUAAUUCAGAUAGACUAUUACACAACAUUCUGUCUCUGACAUUUAGAUUCAUUUAUGUUUUAGUAACUUAACCAGAUACUAAAUUGAAUUAAUUAGCAUUUAUGCCUCACUGCUCUUUCAAGUUAUUUAUUAACUAAUUAAUGACAUUUUGGACACACGAACACACACAUGCUCCUAUUGUGUUUUUCUGUGAGGAUUGUUCACCCCCAAGUUUCGAGAUCUUGCAUGCAAGCUGAUGCUAGAUUCCACAACUAGAGGAGCUGCUUCUUUCUUUUGGCAUGUUGAGGUAGAAACUGCCACAGCAUGCAGAAGCAACUCUGAACUUUUAGUAGAAUUGUUGGGUGAUCUUGAUAACUCUCUUUCAUAUUUCAAAUCUGAAUCUCCUGUUACUCUAAAUUUGUAUUCUCAGAUUAUGACUUUGCUAAUUUCUUGAGCUGACAAAUUGCAUCACAUUGUGAGCUUGUCUGUUGCCACCUGUCCAAUAUGGUUUGAGGUUUAGAGGUUCUGCAUGCUGACAUUUUCUAUCAUUGUUUAGUGGCAGAUAAGCUCCCAAAUGCAAACUUUCAGCUAUUCAGCACCAAGGAACUGAUAUGUCAUCCAUACCAAUCAAAGGGCAGUAGUUGUCAAUUACUAUAUUUAUCAGGUCUACUUCAUUUCUCACUUUCCCUGUAUUGAGAAUGCUUUGGUCAAACCUGAAUUGUUGUCCAAGUAUACAAUACUUCCUCCCAUAUGACUUCCACUGAUGCAUAAAAUAUAGGAUUUCCCAUUUAUUUGUCUGUUUGCUUACUCAUAAAACUUCUAUAGCAUCUUUUGUUCUGGAAACGAUAUUGUGUUAAUAUCUACAGGACUAUGUGGCAACCAGUUUUACAGUUUUACUUUCACAGUUCUAAUAAGACUUUGAAGCCAUGCUGUCCAUUGGAACCAGUCAGCAGUCCACCAGCUGUACUGUAAAUUCCUGGUGAAAGAUACUUUUUUUCAACCAGAACUUGCCAGAACUCAGUUCCGGCACCUCUCAGGUGGCCACCGUUGCCAUUAUAAGAGAACAAGGGAGGUGUUCAUGGUGAGUUUCUCCACCUCUUUUCCUAGAAAAAUAGCACUGGUCACUGGCCUCACUAAACUUUCACAACUGAAAGCCAUAUCAAUAAGCUCAUGUGAGAUGGGGCUCAUGUGAGAUGGAUCAGCCAAUUCUCAGGUCUGUGUCACUUUUGAAUGUGUUCCGUUAUAAGCCAGGUGUGUCCCAUUUCCACAUUACGCUGGGAAUUACUUAAAAAAAAAGAUCCUCAUGAAAACGUGCACUCAAAUUUGUAUUUAAAUACAAACUUGUCUGUUCAAAAACAUGUUUUGUCUCCAAAAGAAAUUAUUUUGAUACUUGUUUUGAGCCAAUAACUGCAUCACACAAUUUAGAAAAGUGCAAAAUCUAAAGGAUAGCUACAUCCUCAUCUGCACAUUGAUCCUGGUGGUGUGGAUCAGGUCAACUCAUAUCAGAAUUCACAGGAAUCAUGUUCCUCAAGCAUCUCAUGCUGCAGCGUCCCAGAAGUUGGUGGAAGAUUAUGAUCUUCCUUAUAAAUCUCAGGAAAAGCAUCCCACUGAUGCAGGAAUGUCACCUGUUUCAUAGAAGUUCAUUUCCACAGCAGGAAAGAUGUUAUCAGGCAGAUUUUUGACUCUCCAAAUAAACUGUAUGCAUGAAACAUUUUAUGCGUUGAUUCUAUUUAAAUCUUUAAACUGAUUUGCCACCCGCUUCAUUUCAAAAGACCCAGUGUUAGCAAUGCCCUUAAAUAUGUGCCAAAAAAGCUUCGCUAUUUCCAACUUUAUUCAUGAAUGGAAGCUUUUAUGUAUCUUGCUUUCAGACAGAAGAGAAUGGUGCUCAACUCAGAAAGCAAACAUAGCAUUACUGAAAUAAGUUCAUGUCAGGGUCUUUCAGAAACUGCACUGAGAAGGUUAAGUUUAUCCUUCUAGCGUGGGGUGGGUGAAACAUUUUUGGCUAGAAGGCCACAACACCCACACAUACACACCAAUCACGGGGAGCCCAGUGUUGUGUUGUGUUGUGUUGUGUUGUGUUGUGCAGUCAGUGCAAUGGAGCCAACCUGCCACUCCUGCUCUUACUUGCUUGUGCAAUGCCAAGCUUUAAAAAAAGAGAAGCCGCUAUGAUGGACAGCGACGGAAGUUCUCAUCUGUAAGCCAUCAGUUCCAAGUGAGAAGCAAAAGCUGGCCAGCUAUAGAAAGAAUAAAUGAGGCUGUCAUCUGACUAUAUGUGGAAUCCACACAGAUAUUUCAAAAUCCAGAGCGUUAUGCAUUCAUGUCUCGCAUUUCAGGGAAGCUGUCCGUGCAGACAUACAAGGGUCAGACCAAGAUGGAUUUAGUUCCGCCUUCUGCUUCCAGCAGCAGCAAGUUCACAUGGCUCUGGGUGCUCGCAAGCAUGGCAUGAAGGUUUUUGCCUCUAUUAUCUUGUAUCCAAAGGCAGACAACCUCUGAAUAAGGAGGUAUCCUUCGUAGCUAGACUGUUCUCCAGGAAUUUGUCUGUUCCCUUUUAAAAGCUAUCUAAGCCCUGUGCUGAGGGGGUUUCACCUGCUAGCCUGGUCCCAGAUUCCACAGAUACAGUCUCAUUUGCAGGAAUACAGACAUACAGCGGUACCUCAGGUUACAGACGCUUCAGGUUACUGAUGCUUCAGGUUACAGACUCCGCUAACCCAAAGGCAGCGGGAGGCCCCAUUAGCUAAAGUGGUACUUAGGUUAAGAACAGUUUCAGGUUAAGAAUGGACCUCCAGAACGAAUUAAGUUCUUAACCCGAGGUACCACUGUACACAACAACACCAAUAGGCUCUGAUUAACCUUUUGCAGCAUAUGGAUUGUGCAAUAAGAUCCUAUUCAUGUUGCAGGAUACACAGGAUGGGCAGACAGGAUCUCCAGCUCAUGGAGGUUUGAGCUGUUCAAACCUCAUAUCAGAAUUCACAGGAAUCAUGUUCCUCAAGCAUCUCAUGCUGCAGCAUCCCAGAAGCUGGUGGAAGAUUAUUAUUAUUGUUCCACCCCAAAAUGUUCAUUUGUAUGUUUAACAAAAGCCUGCCCAGGGCUUUCUUGCAUUUCCACGUGUUGCAGUGAAUUCUGUCUAGUGGUGAGAAAUACAUCAAUUUUUGCCUCCUUAGAAAGUAAACGGCAACGAUCAUCUUCUAAUCUUUGAGGAUCUUCACACUAAAAGAUUUGUCCAAGUUAGCAUUUCCGUGAUUAGUUUGAAGUAAUUUCAUUCCAAAGUCUUGGCUACAUUUUAUCUACACAAAUUUUAAGCAUUGUAUAUGACAGGAUAAUAAUAUCAAAUUUAUAAAAGAAUGAAUGGGCUAGGACAUUUUUCACAUAUAUUUGUAUAUCGGGGGAGCUUUUUCUCUACAAAUGUUUGUGCCUUUUUAUUUUUAUUUUCUUCUGUUUUGCUUUGUAUCACUUUAUUUCUUUAUAACUGAAAACUUUUCAAUAAAAAAGAGCACUGUAUAUGACAGCUCCGUUUACAGUUGUUUAUGCAUUAUAGCAACUGCAAGGGACCUGGGCAUGGAUGGGGAUGCAAAGUUUUACAGCAGUUUUGGAGUCUUGGCAUACCUUGUUCGUUCUCCUCUGUUUGUAGUAACAAUUACAUAAGAUAACUUCUUGAGGUGUGGGGCCGAUCUGUGGAAGAAGUGAUCCCUUGGCACAGAAGAUGCUCCUGAUGGCUCUCUUUGUCUCUUCUAUGAUUCUGAGAUUCCAUAAAUCACAUCAAGAAAAUCUGGCUUUCUAUUUUAAAUGGAAAUGUAUGGAAGCACAGUUUUAGCAUGUGGCCCAAGGCCUAGCCUCUCACACCAGAAAACAUAAACAAAAAUCCACAGUGUGUACUGUAUAUAAGCACAAAAUCAUAUAGUUUUAUGGGUCUGUCUUGUAAGUUCAGCGAGAGAUUUAUUCUAAACUAUUAAUCAGCAUACUUAUACAGUAUUCCCAUUCGUUCCUCCCUUUCCCCUGGCUUCCCACCCUGGUCAUAUAUUUGACUUCUUAUUAACAGGCCUUUUUUUUCCUCUUUCUCUCUUUUUCAAACUUGCUCUAGGUAUCAAACUGGUUUGGAAAUAAGCGAAUCCGGUACAAGAAGAACAUAGGUAAAUUUCAAGAGGAAGCCAAUAUUUAUGCUGCCAAAACGGCUGUCACUGCUACAAAUGUGUCAGCCCAUGGAAGCCAAGCUAACUCACCCUCAACUCCCAAUUCAGCUGGUUAGUUUUUUUUUUCUUUUGGGUUGUUAUUGUUCUUUUCUUUCCGUGGGGUUUUAUUUUCUUUUAGUAUCAAUGUGUGUUUCUCGUUUGCUUUUUAAUUUGGUUUCCUCUUUGGUUCGUUCACUUUUGGGGCAAUGUAUUCAUUUAGGAUAUUUUGUUCCUGUCUGUUUUUUCUGUUUCUGAAGGCAAUGUAGUCAUGCUGUGUGAUUAAAAGUAAUGUGUUGGGAAUUUUUGCACGGAGAACGUUUUGCCUGAGUUGCUGGUUCUCCCAGGAGAAAGGUCGUCCGUGCACAUUUGAAUGUUUCAACAGGGGAGAGACGUUUAUCACUGAGUGACCCUGAUAAAUAACCCAACACAUUCAGGGGCCACAAUCCACCAGGAAUUCUCCUGUACAAGCCACAUUGAAAUGAAUGGGAGCUGCACACGAGCACACAAUGUUUCCAUGGGACUUUUGCUCAGAGCAUCACCAAGUCAUGUUAUUUGGUGUCUGUAUUGUGUGAACGUUUCUCUCUGGAUUAUUGCUUGCUUAUUCCCAUUACCUGUGGCUCACCUGUUUUGUGUAAUUUUAUUUUUCUUUGGUAUCAGAAUUGCUAGAGGGCUUUUUACUCCAUGAAAAUUCAAACAUGGCUUGUCCCUCUACCUUUCCGGGAUGUGAUCUUGUGUUUUUUGUAUUAGUUAUGUAAGGGACAAAUUCAUUUUAGGUGCCUUGAGUACUAUUGCGGAGAAAGGCAGAGUGGAAAUUUGGGAAAUAAAUUAGCCCAAUAAAUAGUUUAUAUGAUCUUGAUAUUUGAGAUGCAUGUGGUAAAAGCUUGGAUCAGGCUUGCUGUUUCAUGUUUGCAUCGUGUUAGACAAUUGUUUAUGACAAAUUGUUUAUUGUAAAAUGGAUUGUAAUUUCCUGGGCCUUAGAAAACUUGGGACGAUCUUUUUGGGAAAGGUCAGCUUAAGGACCAGUUUGUGAACAAAUGUGUACUGUAUGGCUUUUUUGUUUUAAAAGAGGGAAAUGCCAAAUACAUUGGGUUGAUAUACUUUUUCUACGUUAUGAAAUUAUAUGGGUACAAAUAAGUACGAGGCAUUUACGUAAAGCUGCCAACAAGCUGUGCCCAAGACGGUGUAAUUUGGAUGUCUUCCAAGAGAGCCUAGAUAUUAUUAGAAAACAUGCUAUGUCUCCCAGUGUGGUAUAGUGGUUAAGAGCGGUGGACUCGUAAUCUGGUGAACCGGGUUCGCUUCCCCGCUCCUCCUCAUGCAGCUGCUGGGUGACCUUGGGCCAGUCACACUUCUCUGAAGUCUCUCAGCCCCACUCACCUCACAGAGUGUUUGUUGUGGGGGAGGAAGGGAAAAGGAGAUUGUUAGCCGCUUUGAGACUCCUUCGGGUAGUGAUAAAGCGGGAUAUCAAAUCCAAAUCCAAAGCUCUGAAAUAAUAAAGCAUUAAAGUAGAGUAUCUUUCUUUCAGAGGAGUGUAUGCCCAAGGUGAGCCCUUGUUCUGAAUCACUUCAGUCUUUAUUCUAGUCCACAGUUGAGGUCAGUGUGACCAAGUGGCUAAAGCAAUGGGAAUUAGAGCUCUGUGAUCUGGAACCUCCUACCCAAGUUGCUUUGGCAAUGGGAGAAACAUCUUAGAUAGUAACCCAUAGCUGAGCAGCACCGGCAGAGCUGGCAUUGUGCUUUGGUCUUCUUUUGGGGGCUGGCCCUCCUCAGAACCCUUAACCAGAAUGGACCCCAUUGUCUGAGGAGCUGAUGGUGCCAUUUCUGUGCAGUGGGGAAGAGGCUAGAACUCCUGGUAACACCAUUCAUCAUGCCUGGAGAUGGUUCUUUCCUCCAUCUCCUCUGAUUGAAGCUUGUUUAGUUCCACUGGCUCUGCAGCUGACAUGGGCCAGAGGCCUUGUUCCAGCUGACAUGGGCCAGAGGUAGGCCCUCCUCACUCAAAUGAGGGAGCGAUUGACAGCGUGACUUUGUGCUUGCAGCAAGUUGUCCUGGCAGCUGCAGCCCCAGGGCUGAAGCCAUUGCUGUUGGUGAUCUUGCUCCCAUUAAGGCAAAGUGGAGGAGUACCAGAAAUCAAAUCUCACAAGUAACACUAUGCAGGUCACACAUCACAAAUUACAAUCUGUUUCUCACUACUUUUGAAAAUUGAGAUGGUGUGUUUUGCCUUAUUGGUUUAUCAUUUACUGUCUUGCUCAAGGCCUGUGAGUUACAAGAAGCAGCUUGGUAAUGUAGGUGUUAUACAAGAGAAUUGACCUUUUUAUGAGCUCCGCUCCCUGGCCUGUGAACAGCAGCCAUAAAAAAAACCCAAAAAAAUCUAGACUUGCCCUUUUGCAGUGGCAAGGAGCCAAAUCCGUAGUAAACUUCCGCAAGACAACAUUUUGUGCUGGUUUCCCCAAGACCUCCUUGUAUUAGGAGGAGUGGCUCUUUAAAGCAGUGGCUUGCUGGAUAAGAGAAGUGAUUUUGCCUGGCCAAAUUUCAUAAUAGCCCAGAAUGGCAAGAACAUUUAGGGCCGCUUCACAUGUUACAUUUUAUAUAUAUAUACCUGACACAUUUUAACUGUGCAAGUAAAAACCAAAGUGCAGUAUGAAUGCAGAAAGCACAUGUUUGCCGAGAUAUGUAUCUUGCAGGUUCUCUUGUGAGAGAGCCCAAAGUGGCUUUGUCUCCCUGUUUGAAGUGUACAUUUGGAAGCAGAGCUGGAGUUGUCGCUGUGUUGUGCGUAAAAUGACACCCCACUGAGUGAAAGGAAGGCAGGGGACAAUAAGGGGUGUGCGGAAGUAUUUUAGGAAAGAUAAUAAGAAAUGGACAUUCUGUUUGGAGGACGAGCCUAACAGUAGAGGCUUGUAUUGGGGCCAUGCAGACGGCCGUUCACCAACUCGCAGGUUCAGAUCAGAAGAAUCUUUAUUUGCAUCAGCCACUAGCCACAGCAAUAAAAUAAAAUUACUGAAGACAGAGGUAAAAACUUAACGAUACAAAAUACACUUUGGAGGUUUACAUCAAUAAUCAAAUAAUAGAUCUUAUUCUAAUUGCCCCCGCUAAAAACCUUGCAGUUUUUGCUGUCACCUGAUUAUUAUUGUUAUUAUUAUAACAUUGAAUUUAUAUACCACCCCAUACCUGGAGGUCCUGAUCAUCUUGAUCUGCUAAAAGAAAGGACACAGUAGCAAUGGUUGAGCAGCCCCUGGCAUGGACAGUAGAAGGGUAAUAACCUCACUCCUCAAAUCUUUAUAAAGAUUGCAUGCCAGAAGCACAUGAGCCACUGACUCAGUACUGCCCUCUCCAAAAGGACAUAACCGUGUUUCCAGUGCAAUCUUUUGAAAUUGACCCUCAAGUACAGCUGAAGGCAGUAGUAUAUUCAGUCCUGCAAAAGUGAGAGCACGUCUGUACUUUGGAAUUGUUAAAUUUUGCAAAUAGGGUGUCAAAAUGACUAGGUGGAAAAUAAUCAUACCAUGGACAAAAUUUCCUUAUUGUGGCCAAAUUACAGUGGUGCCCCGCAAGACGAAUGCCUCGCAAGACGGAAAACCCGCUAGACGAAAGGGUUUUCCGUUUUUGAGUUGCUUCGCAGGACGAAUUUCCCUAUGGGCUUGCUUCGCAAGACGAAAAUGUCUUGCGAGUCUAGAGAUUUUUUUUUCGCUUUUCCCCCCCUUUAUCUAAUCUGCUAAGCCUUUAAUAGCCUUUAAUAGCCUUUUAGCAGCUCAUCCGCUAAGCCUUUAAGCCUUUAAUAGCCGCUAAACCGCUAAUAGUGCUAAUCCGUUAAGCCGCUAAUAGGGUUGCUUCGCAAGACGAAAAAACCGCUAGACGAAGACUCUCGCGGAACGGAUUAAUUUCGUCUUGCGAGGCACCACUGUAUUGGUUGGUGGUUUCUUAGUUUGCUUCAUGCUGAAAAGCGGAUGCUAAUUAUCUUGGAGUUUGACACCCUGUGUGACACCCUCUACUUCAAGGGUACACACCUUUUUCAGCAGGGGGCCGGUCCACUGUCCCUCAGACCUUGUGGGGGGCUGGACUAUAUUUUUUUUUGGGGGGGGAUGAAUGAAUUCCUAUGCCCCACAAAUAACCCAGAGAUGCAUUUUAAAUAAAAGGACACAUUCUACUCAUGUAAAAAUACCAGGCAGACCCCACAAAUAACCCAGAGAUGCAUUUUAAAUAAAAGGACACAUUCUACUCAUGUAAAAACACGCUGAUUCCCAGACCAUCUGCAGACCAGAUUUAGAAGGUGAUUGGGCCAGAUCUGGCCCCUGGGCCUUAGUUUGCCUACCCAUGCUCUAUCUACUUCCUCGGGAGUCAUUGACUGAGCCUCUUAGCUGACUGCUCUCUCCCCUUACUCCUAUCCACUUGCCUCCCUGUUGGGUCCAUGUAAGUCAACCCUUGCUGAUCUGGCCAGCGUCCCUUCCUUUCAACUGCUGUAAUGCACCAUUUUCUUUUCCCUCUGCACAUUGCAGAUUCUCCUUUCCUCAUUUCCACAAAAAAACACCUCUUUGUCUCUCCAGCUCACCUCAGACUUUCAUCCUGCUGCUGUGAAUCUCCUCUGAUCUUCUCCAUCUCCCCUGUGGUGUAAAUCAAUCACUCUUGGCAAACUGCUGCUUUCUCUUCAUGCAGGUGCAGUUAAGACAGCAUCUUCCAUCUAGGCCUAAAAACAAAUAAUUGUUAAUUUCUCAGUAAUUUAAGCAAGAGUUAGCUAGACAGAACUAGGUCUCUCCCUUCAACUUGCUCUAAAUUUAACUAGAUUUGUAUUAAUCACAUGAAAUGGGGGGGUCCUCUUUUCUUCCUAUAAACAGUUUUUGGUUGUUGUUUUUAACUUCCACAACAUUUCCUUUAAGGAGCUUACAGUUACCACCAAUGUGAAUUAUUGUAAAAGAAGGCACCACACAUGCAAUGGGGAUAUAAAUGUUUCCAUAUUGGUUAAAAAAUGAUCAAAACAUUUCCUUUCUAUUUGAUCCCAUUGUUAUAAAAGUCCACAUUCUAAAACAUAAGAAUUAAAUAUUGAACUUCGCUUUCAAUAAAAUCCAAAGAUCAGUGUGAUUCAGGAGAUCAGAGGCUAAGGAACUUUUGUAAAUAAAGAUGGAAGUCAGGCCUUCUGACCUGUAAAUGCUGGUCCCUUUUCCCAGAUAAAUCAGGGGUUGGCUUUAGUGACUCACUGGAUAAGAGAAAACCAUUUUGCACAUGUUCAAAAUGUUGUUAAUUAAUGCUUUAUUGAGAUCUCCCUCAAACAAGCCACUGGUACUCAGGCGGGUAUCAUGGAAAAGUUCACAAGCCAAGCAACUGAAAGUCAGGAGCACAUUGUCACUCAGCAGGGUGGCAGUUGUGACCAGUAGCCAUUGAUAGGUUUACCUUCCAUUUUGGGAUAUAAAAUAUUUUAUGACAUUGCCAACAGAAUACUUCUGGAGCAAAUGAGGUGCUCUUGCUUCUGGCUCCAGAGAGGGAAGCAGGGAGACUGUUCAGAGACAGCAGCUCACAAGCCAGUCAGGAAACCUUAGUUAGUGUUUGACCAUUUCAGCAUGGCAAAACAUCCUUUUUCUUCAUUCCACUUCUCCUACACAUUGCCCAAAAAUGUAAGUAAUGGGAAAAAAUAAUGUCAAACUCUGCUGAAGGGGAAAUGGAAUAUCGCUGGGAGGAAUAUAUUUCUGCUUUCAAAGCUCAGUUGAAUGAACUAUCAUCCCGAAAUUCUGGAGAUGCUGUUCACUGAGGGUGGUGUGUGUCUUUGUUUUGAUUGUUGUUUUGAUGUCAUUCCUUUUCCUGCACCAUUGUAUUAUCCCUUGGAGAUGCCUGGCCAUGGUAACUCUCCUUCCUGAAGAUUUUGCAUUGAUGCCAAGAAUGCUGAAGCAACAUCAUGGAUGACACUAAAGGUCAUCUCAGCAAUUACUGUUCUGACUCUAUCUGUACGGUGUAAAUUCCAUUGGUGUGCACAUUUGCCACUUACAGAUGUGCAUUAAUCUUUGGAAGACUUUGGACACAAUCCACUGGGACAUUCUCAUGCACAAACCUCAUAGAGAUGAAUGAGAGCUGUGGAAGAGCCCACCCAUUCAUUUCCAUAGAGCUUUCACAGGAGACCAACCUGAUGAAUUGUGCCAUCUGCAUCAAUAUCAACGUAUAUUUUGUAGGCAUCUAUCAAUACCAUUGUUGCUUUGAAUGUAAUUUUGUGACUGUUCCCUCUGCCCUGCCGAUUCACCAUCUGUCAAGUAAAUGCCAUUUCUACUUUUUUGGAGGGAUAUUUUAAAAAGAUAGUGUGGGGUAAAAUACCCACACUUUGCAAGCAAACUAACUUAAAAAGCAACGUGUGCUGUCUGCAGAAAAGGGAUGGAGGCUUCCAAGGGCCUCUUUGCAGUGAUAUCAUUGGCUUGCUGCACGACCUUGAGAAUCCAGAUCAUUUAUUGAGGCCAUCUGUUAAGGAGAGAAAACCAUACUUUUACCCAAAUCCCAUGGCAUUCCUGUGAGACUUAAAUAAUUACAGUAGGCACAUGUUGUAUGCUCAGAAGGCGGGUGUCACAGAAAGGAAAAUAUUGGUAUAAUUAUGGCAUUUUUUGAAUCCCAAAAAGUUGGUACUCUUAGUGCUGCACAGUAAUGGAAGUUCUUGAAAAGUAAUUGGAACUAUUUCCAGUAGAUUAUCUAUUGUCAAAGUGUGAUUAGAUAGAUAGAUAGAUAGAUGAUAGAUAGAUAGAUAGAUAGAUAGAUAGAUAGAUAGAUAGAUAUGCAGAUAGAUUUAUUCCCUGCCCUUUUAGUGACUAUGUGCCAUGCAGAGCAGCUUACAGCAAUUUAGAAUCACAAUAUCAUAAAAUACAAUAAAAACACAGCAUUAAGAAUUCAUUGAAAUACAACAGAGGUAAAGAUCACAGCCAAAACAUGACCUUUACAGCAGAUACUUAGCAGGUAAAAGCAUUCUGGAAUUAAAAUGUUUUCCCCAGCCAGUGGGAAACAGCCAGAGAGGGGGUCACCUUCGCUUCAUAGGACAAAGUGCUUCAUGAUAUUGGUGCAGUCACUGAGAAGGCCCUAUCUCUUGAUCUCAUCAAACACUUCUCCAUCCUAAGUAGAACGCAGAAAAGUCUUCUGAUCUUACGGAGUAGGCAGGGUGGUAUGUAAGGAGGCAAUCCUUCAGUUACAGGGUUUUUCCCAAAGCCUGAUGAAGUCAGUUGGGAUGUUUCCACCAUACGCUAAAGGAGAAUUUGAAGAACUUCUUAGCCCUUGCUAAUUAUUGUGACAUUUUAGAAUCUCUCCUUCAAGAUGCGUUUACAUAGGAGCAAAAAAAGACUUCAUGGGCAGGGGAGAUGUUUGCAGGGGAACUCACCGUUGGACUGUUUCUUGUCUUCUGAUGGUUGUACUCUUCAGAUAACUACACCCUCCCUCCAUUUGUUAAGUGUUUAGCACAGAUGUUGGAAACCUCUGGCCCUCCAGAUUUUGGUGAACUGCAGUGCCCGUCAUCCCUUGCCAUUGGCCAUGCUUGUUGGCACAGAUGGGAGUUUUAGCAACACCUGGAGGACCAAAGGUUUUCCACACCUGGUUUAACCAAAAUAUUUGCAAAGAGAAAGUAUAGUUCAAAGGUUCACAGAGCUUUUAUCUGUAUUUCACUAUUGGGCAGUUGCAAAAAACCAAGCAAACAAACCAACCAACCCUAGACAUAGUAGUUAUAUAUCUUCCAUGUGGGAAAUAUUGAACAGCUUAGCAUUGCAAAAGUGCAAUGGAAUUGACCUGGGCCCCUGAAGUCUCUCCCUUCAAGCCUAAUGUCAUGCUUAAAACUAAACCUUGCACGUUCAGCUUUCUCAUUCUUAACAUCAGUUGCACGAGAGUUUCAAAAUAAUCCUUUCCUUCCAGUCUAUCUCAUGCAGUUAGGUUGCUGUGUCAUAAAGUAUAUUUUUUUGCAGGGGACAUAGGGGGGAAACUGAAAGGGAGUUACGUCUGGAAUUACACUUUUCAACCCUGUGUGUGGUUGAGAUUAUUGAGAUAACGUGAUCUAGCGAGUUCCAGAUUUUGCCAUGAGACAAAGACAACACGGAGGAGAUCAAGAGAGCCUUAUCACAUUCUUAUGGCCCAUUUUUCCUACACCCCAAAGUUGGCACAUUAUGUGCUCCUCUGAUGUGUGGGGCAUGAGGGACUAGUGGAAAUCCGUGGCCUUUGUUUCUAUUCUACAUUUUGCUAUCCUGCCAAAUUGGCCAAGAUAGAUUCAUUGCAGGCUGUGACUGGAACCCCUCACGAAACUGGCGGUAUCUUAGCAUGGCAUGCUCCACAAACAUUUUCUAUUCAUCUAUAUUUAUGGGAGUCAUCUUCUAAAAGCAAGAUAAGACUGCUGUCCAGGCAUCACAGCUGAAAAUAUCAAAGCUUGCUAAGACAUCAGUGUGCUGUCCACAGCAACAAAGCAACCUCCCACCCACAAAACAGGAGCUAUGUGCCGCACCCUCCAUCAGGAAGCACUGAAUUCUGAAGGACUCAUUUCUGUUGAGAAGUUGGUUGGAGGGCGAGCUUUUUUGAGAUGUGAUAUUUAUAGCUCUUACAGUGCAUCCUCUAUCUCUCUCUCUUUUAAUUUUUAAUUUUUUAUAUUUUUAUUUUUUGCUUGCUCUGUCCUUCGUGCUACUAACCUGUUUUGUCUCCUGUUUGGGGUUGCUUUGCAUGUCAUUUCCUUCUUCUUGGCUGACAGGCGUGUGGUUGAUCCUCUUCCUUUCUAUGAUUCAGGUGCCUCACUCUUUCCUUUCCAGGUUCUUCCAGUUCUUUUAACAUGUCAAACUCUGGAGAUUUAUUCAUGAGCGUGCAGUCACUCAAUGGGGAUUCUUACCAAGGGGCCCAGGUUGGAGCCAACGUGCAGUCACAGGUAGGGAUCCAUCGGAUGUACUGCCAGUGAAUGCAUCAAUAUCAGAAUGAAGAGCCUUUGAUCCUAUUGGCGUUCCCCAUUCCUGUCCCAAGAGAGGAAUCGAAACUCUGUAACCAACCUAAACCAGUCAAAACAAAAACCCCAAACCAAACAAUUUUAUUUAUUUAUUACCAAAAAUUGUCUUUGGGGAUGUUGCCCACGCUUUGUGAAUGCAUUUGGCUCUGGCUUCCUAGUUACAGUAAGAAGAAAUUAGUAUUUGAACGGAAAGAGUAUUACGCAAGAUGCAACUUGCUUAGUGGAUUUUCUAGGAGAAAUGACCAGAUAUUUGUACCUCGGGCUUAUUUUUCAAGAUGUCCAUAUUGUCAUAUUCUGCUUGGUUUAAUGACAAGAGAGUGGUGCUGAACUACAGAAGUUUCCCUUUCCCCCAUUUCAGUGUCAAACUUCAUUUAGCCAUCCUAUCCUAGAAGCCAGUUUGACAGGGAAGAGUGCAGGAAAUAAUCACUGGGGUGUAAGCCACUUCUUCCUGAUGCAAUGGUUGCAACAGCUUCUUAGGUAUUUGCUUACCCCUUCGGGAGUCUCCUUUUACCCUUAGAUAAUGGUGCCAACCACUCAAACAUUUCCAUCUCAUGUCAAGGUGCAUUAAAAGCAAAGCUAGGUUGCAUUGCUACCCUGAAUGCAGAAAAGAAGGCAUGCUAGAUGGCAGGCGGCCUCGCGCGGUCAAGAAGGAUGAAUGGUCUCGAGAGGCAAGGCAUGAACCCUCAUAACGCUCAUUUGUAUUAAGUCAACUCUCUUCAGUUGCAAGUGGCACUGAGAAACCUUGGGUUGAAUAACUGGUGUGGAUAGCAGGGGUGACAGAUUUGGACGGAGCAGAUUUCUUACCCCCAUAUAGGAAUUGCUAACUCAACCAAGGACCUCCAACCAACUUGCCUCCAUGUAUAUUUUUCUCCCCACCAUUUGCUGCACUACUAAGAAUCCAGCAUGGGCUGCUGCUGCUGCUGCUGCUGCCACUGUUGUUAUCAGGGAUUAUAGUGGGAUGUUUGGAGGGAGGGAGGCAUCUUCACUUAUUGCUGCUUGGAGUGAACACUGGGAAAUCUUGAUUAUAGUCAUAUCAUCCUAUUUUAGUCACCCCCAAAAUUAGUCUUGCCUUUUAAUAUCUGUGUUCCUAAUUCUCUCUUUGUUGUUGUUGGUCUGUUUAGGUGGAUACCCUUCGCCAUGUUAUCAGCCAGACAGGAGGAUACAGUGACGGACUCGCAGCGAGUCAGAUGUAUAGUCCGCAGGGCAUCAGUGUAAGAAAAAUAGGCUUCCUUUUUUCUUUUUUCUUUUUUUCCCUUUCUUGUUGGUUCUCUCUUUCCCAAUUAUUUCAAAGCCAUAGGGCUCAGAAUGCCACUUAGUAGGACUUGUCUUAGCUUUACGGUCACCUAGUUUAUUGCUUCUGUAUCGGUCGUGCCAACGGCAGAGUUCUCUCUGCGAAAAAAGUGGCGAUGGGGCAGGCCUUGUGCAGGCAGCUGGCGUCUAGGACUGUCAGACGCAAUCAAUAUUCACAUGGCACCUGCGGCCACUUGCGUUCUGCUGAGAGAGCUGCUAAACAGGUGACACCUAGUACAGUGGCAGGAGGGGACCCAGACAUCUCCAACGAGAAGGCCAAGGGCUGGAGUCCAUUGCAGCUGAACGUACCAUCUAAAAUAGUGGGUGGGCCCUUUCCCAUUCUAAAAGCCAAAAAUGGAUUAUUAACAGAUUGGUGAUAAUGACGACGACGACGAUGAUGCUAAUACAGAAAUUAGAGUAAGAAAAACCGAGGGGAGGGGUGGAGAGAGGGGGUGGAGAGGAGAGGAACAUCUUCUACUUGUUCUGGGUUGCGCUGGCGGCUCCUCACUAGCAUGAAAAUUCAUAGCGACAAGCUGUGUCGUACAGAGUGAAAUCGAUCAGACAGACACAAGGAGAACCGAGUGUAGAUUCGGGACAGCAAUCCAACUUCAUUUCUCAGAUCAAUCAUCCGCCAUCUCAGUGGCGGUGACAGCAAGCUGGGAGAAGAGGGGAGCCUGGAAAAGGAGGCUGCCGUACACUGUGUCGGGGGCUUCUCUUUGCCCCUUUAGAGGUCAGGGGAAGAGUUGCGCUCGAGGAUUAACCUGAAAAUACUGGGAGGGUGAAGCAUGGUCCUGAUGUGUUGACUUUCCACCGCAUGCGUGCCUCCGACGCGAGGAGCGCCCUUUGAGGGUGGUGGCAAAGGGCAGUACAAGGUUUAGAGCCUUCUCUCCCACCCUCUUUAGAUAACCUUCAGGAUUUCUACUGUCUGCAUUGCUCACAACAGUGCUAGGCAAAGCAAGUCUUUUCUCAGUGGGGAAUCGUACAGCGUGCUGCCGUUGGACCUGCUAGGCAUUCUCCAUGAGCUCAUGUCAAGUUGAAAUGAAAGGAAGUGCCAAGGAUAGGAUGUGAUGGAAGGGAAAGUCUUAAAACGGCUUGCCAAGGACCCCCCCCCCCUCUCGUCCUUUCUGUUCAAGUACAAAAUUUGAGGCGUUAAAAGGCAAGUGCUUAGAUACCCAAAGUAAAUUGAAGCUCAUGCGUUGGCAGGUUGGGUCAUAUGGGAGUGCAUGUUGUUUUUUUCUCGGGGGGGGGUGUGUUAGAGGAAUCACGUGCCAGGCAGAGCAACUCCAAGCCAAUGUACAUUGUGCAGGAUGGGGCAGUAGCCAAGUUAGCUGAGAACAGUCACGUGUGUUGUUCACAUUUCUUUCUGAUUCGUAUAUAAAGUGAGAGGUGGAGGAACAAAUUUAAUAUAAAAAGCCACACAGUUGAGGGGAACUGUAUUCUCUCCCACUUUCGUAAGUGUCCAAUUACAAUAUUAGGGGGAACCUAAUGUGACAAAUUGUAAGGAGAAUGAGGGCUUAUUGUUUUUUAUUUGACAUUAAAAUUAAAUGCCCCUUCGAGGACAUCAAAUAUGGCUGUGCCUGCCAUUUCCAGUUUGACCUAGGGUGGUAGAAUUCUGAUCUGUAUCACUUCAGACACGUGAAAGCUCCCAUUUUUAAUGCUCUCCUGUAUACUUUCAAAGCCCUUCAUGGAGUAAAUCACAGAGAAUAACUUUGCCUGGUAUGUUAGUUUACUACAGGCAUGGAAGCGUUCAAAAAUUUGUAUUUUCCUGCAUUCUAAAGUGAUACAAUCCAUAAUUCUGUUACCUUGUUCUGCCAAAUGUAUACAUGCGCUCUAGAAACCCAAGGGGGUAAUAUAACAGAAGGGCUUAAUCCUUACUACCCUCUGAGCUAUAUAGUCCAACGACUAUAUUGCUUCAGCAUCUUUUCAAUAUUUAUGUGUCCUUUUUCCAAAGCCGUAAGAAGAAACUUGGAUUAGUGGCAGGCUUCUAAUCGUUAGGAGGAAGGAGGAUGCUCCCUUGAAGCCAUUGGUGGGCAUGGUGGAGGGGCAGAAAUGUUGUAAAGCAUGGCGUGUGACUUUGUUGUUGGAAUUCUGAGCUGACUUCUUCUGAAUUUAGCACAGGAAUCCAAGCGCCCAUGUUUGCACCGAGCCCUGACGUCACCAGGCAAGGACAGUAAAGCAUUCUGAAGUAAAUGCAACUGAACAUGUGCAGACAAUUAUGUCUGAUUAUAUAAACCCAUUGCAAAAACCGGGCUUGAAAAUGCCACAUGAAAGAGCCUAUCGUUCCACAUUAAUCUCUGUUAGCCGAAUUCAUUUCUAUUCUGGCUCUUUAAUACUGAGGAAUAAAUGAAUCGGAGACUGAUCAUGAUAAGAUAUGAUACUUCUGUACAAAUUAACCCUGCCCCCACCCCCCAAGGAGAAGCCCAGCUCACUGCAACUGAAUAUAUAUCUGAACACAGUAGUUUUCUAGGCUAAGCCAAAUCACCAGGGGAUGCUCUGCUGAAGAAAAGAGCUAGGGAAAGGGCAUGCGAGAGGAGAUGAAAGCCAGCAUGGAUUCAGGUGCAGAACUGAAGCUAAUUUGGUAGUCAUUAAUAAAGGGAAGCUGCAGAAUGGGAAUCAGCACUAAUACCAGAAGGGACAUGGUGCAGUUUCCUUUAUCUUCAGGCCAGUUAUUUUGGAAGAGGGGAGAAAGGCCUCUCUUGAAAGGAAUGGCUUGCAGAAGAGGGAGAACAAUGUAUUAUCAUACCAUAAAAAGCACUGUGUUUAAACUACCGGAAUAUGCUUUUGUGUCGAAUAAAUGUAACCUAACAUGAGCAGUGGGUAGCAGGAGGAUGAGUUGCCAAGGUAAGCUGUGGAAUCUUAUUGCUUCUGGGUUUCCAAGAGGACACGGAGAAGGCAUCAGUCAUAGUAGAUGCUCUCCUUGGUAACCUGAGAGCUUCCUUGCAAUGAUAUGGUCCUUUCCUGCCCUGCCCUGCCCUUUUCUAUAUUUAAGAAUAGAAGCUGAAAUGGAAUUGAAUUAGGGGAGGAGUUAGCAGCCAGUAGCUCUGUUAAGCUGUUUGCAGCCUCUGGGAGCUUGUGACCAGGACUUGUAAACAGGGACAUUUGCCAAGCAAGGCCUGGAAUGCUAUUUCACGGUGUCCGUAGGACCAAGAGACAUGGAUGGCAAGGGAGUAGCUGCAGUGACCUGCAACACCAUGUCUGUCUUUCUGCCUAAGAAUGUGCAAAACUACACCUUCAGCACGUGCAAGCUGGUUGCCUUGCUGGAACAGAAGGUACAGCAACCUGCAGCCUACCUCUCCCAGCAUUGAGCUAUCCGGGAAAGUUGAGGAUUUUCUCAAUGGAGAAGAGUGGACCGUCUUGGAACAGCAACACGGGUGGGGUGCCCCUAAAGAGUAGGAAGAUCCCAUUGCAGGAGAUUAACCCCUAGAAGGAACAUGACACACAGAAAGAAGCAGGACUGUCAGGAGCCAUGCUGUAUCACUGGAGCUGCAAAUUUGAUUCCAGGCCCACUAUAUCCCUAUCUUCUUCAUUCUUGACUUGGAGGCUUCUGGCAUCCGCUUGCAAAUACAAGUAGUUAUAUCCCACCACCACCCCUCAACUGCAUUUUGCAUGUGCAUUUUCUCCAUCAGAUCUUUGUUCUCUUGAAAUAACGGUCUGUUCUUCUAUAUGCUUGCUGUCCCAUUCUGUCCUAUCCCAUAUUUAAAUGACUUGGCACAUUUACACUGGAAAUGGCGCACAUACUCAAAUCAGGGAGAUUAGAUAUGCAAACCCUGUGUGUGCGCGCCCUUCAAUGGGCUAACCCAAACCCAUGUCUAGAUCAAUCCUCAGAAUUGGUCACAAGUAGCCGCCUCUCAACUGCUUGUUUACAUCCCCAUCUUUAGUGAGGAAACAUGGGUCAAGCUCUAGGUGCCACACAGAUACAGUAAGCAUGCUGGCUCCCCUUAAGCAUUUUGUUAGUGCUCAGAAUGAAUGAUUGCGUCAGGAGUAAGCAUGGACCAAUGGUACCAAAUAGUAUGGGAAACAGCCCUACUAGAAAAAUGAACUAAUAAACUGAAACUGACACGGGGACAAACAGAAGAAGACGCCUUCACCCCGGUAUGGCUCCCCUUUAUCACAUACACAGCCCAACAGGACAAUGACAAUAAUCCACCAACAGCAUACAAAUCAAUAUGGCUAACCUGAUCCAAAACACCCACCCACCUCACUCACACACGAAAACAAAGAUCACCACAGCCAACCACAAGCAAACAAUCACACCCUAGGCCAACCCCAACCUCUCUCACCACCAAAGGAACACAAGUGAACAACACAAGCAACGCUGACACCAAACUCUACAUACAUUAAACAUAAUAGAAACACCGCCACCCGACCCCACCCCUAUCCAUCUUCCCUCUCUCCACCCCCCCUUUCUUUUUUCUUUUUUUUCUUCUCCCCCUAAUGCCUCAACAAAUGAAAUGGAUUUGUAAAAAUGUUACAUGGAGGGGGGGAAAAAAUACGAGGCACUACACUUCUGUAAAACAAGAAAAUCCUUAAUAAAAUAUAUUUAAAAAAAAAAAAGAAUGAAUGAUUGCAAAGUCCAGAUUUCUUUCCUUUUGAGACAAACAGGAAUGUUUGCCUUCAUCAUCCCUGGAUCCCCUUCAUUGCCUCCAUCAUCCCGUGCAGAUGAGCCAUUUUUAAUAAGAGCCAGCUCUCACUGGCUUCCCCCAGAAAUCAGUUUAAAUACUGCUAUGAGGCACCAGCAACCUCUCUUGUACAGAAUCAGCUUUUCCCAAUUGUCCCCUAGUGCCUAGCCAAAACUGAACCCUUCCUCCCAACAGCACCUUCCUCAUCCCUUCAUUGAGACCUCUCAGCUCCGCCUGUCAGUCUUGUGCAUGCAAAAAGUAGCAUUUCUGACCAUACUACCCUAAUGGUAAUGGACGUAAUAUUCUGCCCAACAAACGAAAUUUGGCCUCCAGGAACUUGCAACAUUGGUGCUGAUGUGUGCUGGUCACUGAACUCUCCUCUGUGCAGCCUAUCAGCCUAUCUGUGCAACGCAUCAUGUGCUUCAUGUUCCCAUGAGGCAUGCAAGUCACAUGUGUGUGGCUGGGGCAACCCAUUCAGAUGGGGGUAUAAGAAAUAAAUUGCUGCUGCUGUUGCUGUUUGAUGGGCAGGGUAUAAGAAACAGAUGGUUGUUGUUAUACAGCUCAACCCAUCUCUCAAUGUUUCUAACGAUCAUGUCACACGCCCCUUCCAGGAAGUCUCAAACAUGGACCUCUAGAGGCAUAUUGAUGCAAGAAGACUAUUGUUCCUUACCAUGAAUCAUUUACCUCUUCCUCAGUGUGACACCCUCCUAUCCUAACCCUCAUCCUCUGUGGUUGCAGACAAACUGGAUGCUUCUACCAUGUCCCUGAAACUAGUAUGCAGGAAUGAGUGAAAUAAAUGAAACAGUGUGCUAUGUUUUUACAUAAGCCUUCCUUCCUUCCUUCCUUCCUUCCUUCCUUCCUUCCUCUUUUUUUUGGGGGGGGGUAAACAAUUCUAAAGCCAGAUCAAGCUGAGGAAAUUGCAGCAGCAGGUAAUUUACCUGCUUCCACGUUCAUAACAUUAUCCCCUACUUUAAAUAAAUAAAGUUUGGAGAAAUAAGAUCUCUGAAUAAAUAAGAUACAUCUGCCAAAAGGACCACUUUGAGUAUAUUUGGUCAGUGUAUGUACUUACAGGGACCACUUUUUGCACUGAUCAAAAUUUGAAAAGUCCUUCCAGUAGCACCUUAGAGACCAACUAAGUUUGUUAUCGGGAUGAGUUUUCGUGUGCAUGCACACUUCUUCAAAUAUCUGAAGAAAUGUGCAUGCACACGAAAGCUCAUACCAAUAACAAACUUAGUUGGUCUCUAAGGUGCUACUGGAAAUAUUUUUUUUAUUUUGUUUCGACUAUGGCAGACCAACACGGCUACCUACCUAUAUCUGAUUAUUAGGGUCAAGGCUCCGGAGACUAGAGUCUGAAGCAAUGGAUUCAAGUGACAAUAAAGGAGAUUCUGAUGAAACAUCACGAAGAAGACAAUGGAACAGGCUCUAUCGGAAGGUGGUGGAUUCUGCAGGUUUUUAAGCAGAGAUUGGAUUGCCACCUGUCAGGGAUGAUUGAGAUCCCUUCAUUGUAGGGGGUUGGAUUAGAUGACCCUCAGGAUCCCUUCCAACUCUACAAUCCUAUGACUCUAUGAAUCCGGUAUUGAGGAUAUAAGAUGCAGAACAAACAGAAAAAUAGGUAUAAAAAAAAUAUUACAAGUUACGGAGGAACACCAGUUUCUCCCUUUAUUCUCUAUUGCAGUGAUAUUGUAAAGAAAAACAAGUUUCUUGUUGAGGGGACCUUUAAAUUUAUUUGAUUUUUCAAAUUAACGUUUUACACUCACAUAUACAACAUAAAUCAUAAAACUGAGAUUCCAAAGAAUCUCCUGGACUUCCCUCCUCCCCUUUGUGGGUCCUAUUGUUAGUCGUUUACUCCCGCGCCUUUUAUAAUAAUCCAAAUCUUUUACAUCUCCAUUAUAUCCAUAAUUCACCAUUAAACCACAAGUGUUUCAUUAGUUUGGUGAGACAUAAAUUUCAUGCUCUGUGGUUUCUAGAAAAAAAAUAAGAUUUCACCUCUUGCAUUUUAAUGCAUCACGUUUGUGAAGUACUUCCACAUGAUUUCUUGUGAUUGUCCAUGAUUGAUAUUAAUUGUGAGGAAAUUUUGAUAUCAUAAAAUCUAAUGAAAUCACCUAUAAAAUAUCAUGAACCAGAUGCAUAGUGGGUAGAGCUACAACUAUAUGACCUGUUUUUGGCCAUCCGAGGACCAGGGUGGGUGUGAAGUUGCCCCAACACUUCUCAAGCUGUUCCUGUUUCAUAAAAGAGCAGGUGGUUCUGUGCUCCUUAGCCUGGACUCCCUGACUUCCAUGUCUCUUCUCCAGUUACAGAGGCAGAGCUAGGAAGUGGGAGAAGCAGAAACGCCUCUCCCGCCAGCCUUCCCUUCCACUCUAGAAAUUGGCAGCUCUGUUGCUAUUGUUUACCUUUGCAGAGCCAAGCAGCAGGAACCUCUUGGUUGCUCCAAGCAGAGAGCAAGGAGAGGUUUGUGGGGCAUUGGUGCCAACUGUAGAGAGCCCUGGGUGCCCAGGCACCCACAAAAAUCUCGACACAACCUCCAAGGGCCUGCAAAGCCUCCGACACAACUUCCGCAAGACUCCUCUGCUGCAUCAACAGCUGCCUUUUGAGCGCAGGUCUGCCCCGUUCUCCCUUCAGGUCUUUUGGAUGAACUUGUGGCUCCCUCCCAGCUAUUGUCCACCUGUUGGUUGCUGCCUGUGGCCACUGCUUUUGGCACCAUGUUCAGUCACGGGGCCCUCCCAAGUGAAGCGUCCCAGGGCAGUUGCCCUAGUUAAGGGUGGCUCUGAGCAGAAGCCACAUGCAACACAACAACAACAACAACAAUAAUAAUUUUAUUUAUAUCCCACCCUCCCCAGCCAAAGCCGGGCUCAGAGCGGCUAACAACAGUAAAAAUAACACAGUUUACAUAAAAUCACAGUCAAUUAAUUGAAAUACAUUCUAAAAUCAAUUCAUUCUAAAAUCAAUUCAGAGUCAAAUUAAUGGCAACCAUUGGGCUAGAGUUCUAUGAGGAUUACAGAAGGAGGGGGUCAGAAUGUGCCUUGGCCAAACAGAGACAGCAAUCAUAUGCAUAUGUGGGCACAAGCACAAUGUGGACACUGUAUGGUGCAGGUAUGUGUGUGUGUGUGUGUGAGAGAGAGAGCGUUUGCCCGCCACACUGCCAGCUUUGGGCAUGCCCUCUUUGACCACACAACUUUUUGUUUUGACUGCGUCUGCCACUGGCUUGCAGCCCCCUAGAAGAUUGACCAUGUGGGAAUGAGGCCCUUAAACUGACAAAACAUCCUCCCUCCUUGGACCAGGAUAACUAGGGAAGUACAAGGGCAGGAGCCAAGACAAAGCAAAUUAGCACCCGGCUGUUGGGAUCACAGUCUUUUAGCAGGUUCUUGAGCAGGAACCUGCCUAUGCACUUCUAAUUUGGGGGCUGCUUUGGUAUUGUUACGUUAUUUUCAAGUGCUCCAAAUCAGGUACUAUACUGUAACAUGGGAAAUUAUUGCAGCAGUGUGGUUUGGGCUUUUUCGUCCCAUCAUAGAUCUCCCAUCUGCCUUUCAGCAUAUGCAUCCACACACAAGCUGUAUUUCACAGCCAUUCCCACAUUACAAAGUCGCCACACUUGUGGGCCUGCCUUUCCAAAAAUGCAACGUAAGAAUCAAGCCCUGGAUUUUUGGAAUUGCUCUUGAGUAGAGGACUCAAGUUCUGGGAUCCAUAUUUCAUAAUGUGCAGCUGCAGCCAUAAGAAAUCCUAGAACCUCUCAGUGUUAGUCUAGCUCUCCUUUUAAGGCUUCAGGGCUAUUCUGUACAGUGGUACCUCGGGUUAAGAACUUAAUUCGUUCCAGAGGUCCGUUCUUAACCUGAAACGGUUCUUAACCUGAGGCGUGCUUUCGCUAAUGGGGCCUCCUGCUGCCGCUGUGCCGCUAGCGCGCAAUUUCCGUUCUUAUCCUGGAGCAACCAUUUCCUGGUUAGCGGAGUCUGUAACCCGAGGUACCACUGUAUUAGGAAGGAAGCUUUUGGAUGGAAUCCUGGAGACACUGAUACAUUUUGCAGAGGAUGGGGUCCUUUUCUUGCUUUGGAAAUAAAUCAUAUUGUCAAGUAUGAGUGAAGUGGGGGGUGUACCGAGUUCCAGAGUAUUUUUGGGCUGAGAAUGGGAGAGUAAGAUUCAAAUAGUAAGGAUCUCUGUGUUGUAUAAAGAUUAUCUCUUUCUCUAUCUCGUUUAAUUGGGUGUCUGCAAUAAAGCCCCUUCUAAAAAUAAGUUGAGUACACAAUAGGAGCCCUCCCCACUCCCCCCCCUUACAUUUCCCGUUCCCUAUAAUGACCCGGCAAACACUAAAUGUCAUUUGAGUGCAUUAAGCAGCAAACUCUCCAGUGACAUAGCAAUUACAGUUCUGAAAUAGAUUUGGUGUGUCACCGAAGAUAAGGGUUUUGAAAGUUUCUGUUGUGAUUAUAGCUUGUAACUCCCACAAAUAACAGGCUUCAAAAUAAGAGGCUGCCAACAGGGCCAUUGUGGCUUUCCCUCAGUGAUGGCACGUAAAUUGCUAUUAAUGUCCUGAGUGUACUUGAAUAUGCCAGUCUCCGGGCGGCAGAGUUGGCUCAGUGUCUCUCUUUACCCGCCUUGUCACUGUCGGGCUGAUAAUCUGUGGUAAUUGCUGCCUCUUGCAGUGGUCAGGACGUGGAAGUGUAUGAGCUGGCUGCAUCUUCUGCAGUAAACAAUAAGCCUGUCUGUAGCAAAGUAGGAGGAUAUGCAAUGCAACCUCUUUAGGAUGUAUGAGUAGAUUAAAACCUAAUGCGAAAAGACUGGAUCUCACAGGAAUCUUUGCUUGGUUGUGUGUGUGUGUGUGUGUGUGUAAGUAACUUAGAAAGGUGAAGUAAGCCCAGCCAUGCAUGCAAAUAGGUUGACUAUGAACUGAGAUUUACAAUUUCUAACUGCCUAAACUUUAAAUUGAAAGUUAAAAUGUGUGCUAAAUGUAGCUGGCAGCAAACUAGGGCUCUGGAUUUUUGCAGACAUUCCGGCCACCUAGUUGAUUUAAUGUGAUUUUUAAAAAGAUUUUAAACUGGCGUUUAUUUCCGGCUUGCAUCCAGAGUUAGCUGAAAUUGGCUUUUUAGCAUCAAAUGACUAUGGGCUUCCUUUCAGCAAGUGAUUCCCAAACCUUUAUUGCCACUGACUACUUGAAAAUUGCUGAGAGUCUUAGCUGACCACAUUUAAUGCAAAGGAUGUGCUGUCUUCAGUCUUCAAUCACAAAUCCACAGACCACCUGGAUGAAAAUCAUGGACCACUGGUGGUCAGUAGACUACAGUUGGAAACCAUUGCUUUAAGCAGUAAGAACUCAGUUGUAUGCUUAACUGCCAUGUGGCUGGGAAAUGGUCAGUGUCAAACCUUGGAAUAACUUCCGGAACCUUAGCAUGUUUUUGUCUUGAUACUGGUCAUUGACUGUAAUAAAAUGACUACUGCUGCUACAAUGGUAUGUUAUCAUGGGACGCGGGUGGCGCUGUGAUCUAAACCACUGAGCCUCUUGGGUUUGCCGAUCAGAAGGUCGGCGGUUUGAAUCCCCGCGACGGUUUGCGCGCCCGUUGUUCUGUCCCAGCUCCUGCCAACCUAGCAGUUUGAAAGCACGCCAGUGCAAGUAGAUAAAUAGCUACCACUGUGGCAGGAAGUUAAACAGUGUUUCCAUGUGCUCUGGCACUUGUUGCGGUGUCCCGUUGGACCAGAAGCGGUUUAGUCAUGCUGGCCGCAUGACCCAGAAAACUGCAGAGAAAUGCUGGCUCCCUCGGCCUGAAAGUGAGAUGAGCGCCUCAACCCCAUAGUCGCCUUUGACUUGACUUAACCGUCCAGGGGUCCUUUACCUUUUUACCUAUGUUAUCACCGUGAGCCCUCUUGCACCUUCAGUUGCUCACAUAACGUGUUCACAUGAGUAGCAUUAGACCAGAGGAAAGAACUCACAGAAAAUCACAGUUAGCUUCUCACUUGCAUGAGCCACCAUCUUUUCCAACUAUCUUGUGCAUUUAAUGUGUGAACAGGUCUAAGUCUUGUAAGCUGGGAGAUCCAUACACAACACUUUUUCUUGCUGUAGUUGGACGUUUGAAUGGAUGAGGACUUGAGAAUAAGAGCAGCUUAUAUGUGACUUCUCUGCAUGCCAACCUUGGUUUGCUACCAGUCCCCUACAAUUCAGCUCAUUAGGAACAUGUGGUUCACAUUUUUGUGUUUCUAAUAUGGUAUGCGUUAUACUGCACAAAAAUUCUGGAAAUUCAGUUCCCUUACUUUUUUAACGGGAACUUGAGUCAAUGUAUUUUAUUCUAUAUUUAUACCUCAUCUCUUCCUACCUUUAAGCACAUAAAUGUUCCUCCUGGAAAUUUGCAUUUAAGGGCAGGCAGGAUAUUCUAGUUCCAAAAAUGUCCGGGGGAGGGGAGGCUGAAUUGUCAAAUGACAGCAAAGGAGCUAAUUCCUGGGGGCCAAGGGGUCUCUCCCCCCAAUAAAAUAUUUGAGGGGGCCGCCCCCCAAAAAAGUUGAUGGACAUUGCCAUGCCAAUGGUGUGCGUGCACAGCAUCAUGUGAUCAAUUUUGUGGGGCGGGGCUUACCUGCAAGCCCCACCCAUAUUUUAUUCAAGUUGGCACCCCUGACACACCUCCCUGAUAUGUAUCUCCAAAAUGAAAGAUAUAUUUGGAAUUUGCAACAUGCAUUUGAAAUCUUAAAAUUGUAUAUUUUUAACACAAAAAUGGAAAGCAUGGAUUUCAAUAUAUGAAAGUCCCUCUGUGUAUAUGUGAGUGAGUGAGAGAGAGAAAUGAAUGGCUAUUUUAGUGAGUUUUUCCAGAUGGAAAAUGAAUUUGUGCCCUAGCUUAUGGUGCAGGCUGCUUAACCAUUUGAAAAUUCUCGUGUUACAGAUCUAGCAUCCAACAGUGCUUGGUUAGAUAUGGCUGUCAUAAUCCUUUGGACCACUUUUUGACACACUGAAAUAAUAUACUUGUACACUACAAUGGGGAAUGAAGAUGAGGCACAGAUUUUGAGAUCGCAAAGUCCAGAGCUUUAUUUCCUUUUUAAACUGGAUCAGCAACAAAACAAUAACUCUUGUAUACCCUGCGCUCAAGGUUACUGCUCCCAUCUUGUCAUGGCCUACCAACUCAUAGCAUAUAACACCUCUCGCCUCCUCCAUGAUUACUAAUUCUUACAAAGCCCUAAACCACUAGGGCCACAUGUACCUUAAGGAUCGUUUGAUACUUCACACCCCUGAGAUUUGGUUGGUCUUUUGUAGUCGCUAGAGAGAUGCUGGGCUCUUCCCCAUGCCUUCUCUUGGGGAUACUCUCACUCUGGAUUUCUGGGGGGCAGGGGCUGCAUUUCAAUAAUUUAUGAACUAGCAUUCAUGGAACAGGUAUUUAAGAUCUGAGUCGAGAAGCACCAGGCUCCUAGCCGCUCCUAGCCCCGAUGGGUCAAGCUAUGGGGCAGGGCCAAGACAUACCAUAUUUUUCGCUCUAUAGGACGCACCCGACCAUAGGACGCCCCUUGUUUUAGAGGGGGAGUACAAGGAAAAAAAAUUCUCCCCCUCUCUGCUCAGUGCCCCUUCAGCGAAGCGGCAGGAGAAACGGAGCCCCUUCCAUUUCUCCUCUUGCUUUGCUGAAGGGGCGCUGCACAGCUCUCCCUCUCUGCUGAAGGCAGGAGAGUUUUGCUCUCCAGGCUUCAGUAAAAGGAACCCGAAGUCUCCGGAGCGCAGCAGGAGCUCCCGCUGCGCUCUGGAGGCUUCAGGCGGCUAUCCCUGAAGCCUGGAGAGCGAGAGGGGUCGGUGUGCAAUGACCCCUAUCGCUCUCCAGGCUUCAGCGAAAGCAACGUGAAGGCUCCGGAGCGCGGAGGGAGCGCUCCUUCUGCGCUUCGGAGGCUUCGCGUUGCUUUCGCUGAAGCCAAGGAGCCUGCAUUCGCUCCAUAGGACGCACACACAUUUCCCCUUAAUUUUUGGAGGGGGAAAAGUGCGUCCUAUUGAGCAAAAAAUACGGUAUUUCCUUUUCUUCAAUCCAUCUCCCAUAUAGCAGCAGCAGACUUUAAGCUUUCCAGCCAGGGCUCUAUCAUUGCACACAUUAGUGCAAGGGCCCUUCUGAACUGUCCUAGCCACCCAUCGGAAUCUAAGAGAAUGAGGGAGGCUGGGGCGCAUUUAUUUGACCUGCACCAGAACCAGGGGAGACGUCCAAACCAUCUAGGGACACAGCUUGCUGUAGAUUUUGGCACCUCCAUGGGCAGUCAGCACAGCUGUUGUCAAACCGGCAUCUGUUCAGGGCUUCCCUGAGUCACCUGGCGACUUACUGUAACCAUGGUGAGUUCCGGCACCUAUUUUUCUCGGGGGGGAAGCACUGCUUAUUACGUAUCUUACGUUAUCACGUGCAAUAUGUGCUACACUCCCUCCAAAAAUAAGUGAGCAUUACUGAGAACCAACAUUUUGUUAAUGGGCUUAUAUUGCUUUGCAGUUCCACUUCUAGCAUCUGACAAAGUAGACUAACAACGGAAGCUUAUGCUUCAUGAAAAUGAGUUAUUCUUACUUGGAUCAACCUUUAAAUACCGUAUUUUUCGCUCUAUUAGACGCACCGGACCAUAAGACGCACCUCCUGCAAAAGCCAGGGGUAGCCGCGUGAAGCCUCCGCAGGGCAGCAGGAUGAAGGCUCCCCGCUGCCCUGCAGAGGCUUCGCGCCUGCUAAGACAGAAGCUAGAACAGCUAGAAGGAGCGCUGCACAGCUUGUGGGGGCUGGCGGGGGAAGCCUGGGUUUCCCCCGUCAGCCCCAAAGAGCAGCUCAGGAGUGUGCCACACUCGGCAAUUUAGCUCCAGGGACCACACAUCCGCUCCAUAAGAUGCACAGACAUUUCCCCUUAGUUUUUAAGAGGAAAAAAGUGUGUCUUAUGGAGCAAAAAAUACGGUAGCUGUCAUCCUUUAUGCAACUGUCACCCACGACUAAUGCGGCUGAUCCCAGCGUAGGCAUUGUGGACCUUAACAACAGCUGUCAUCCCCUUAGGGAGAGGGGAGCUCCUGCUGGGAAAGCUUUUGGGGGCUUGAGCCCCUUGUUGUGAAAGUGACUGACAGCUCUCUCUCUGUUCCUUCUAGGCUAAUGGAGGCUGGCAGGAUGCUACAACUCCUUCGUCAGUGACCUCCCCCACAGAAGGCCCUGGCAGCGUUCACUCUGAUACCUCCAACUGAUCUCCCAGCAAUCCGGCAUCCCUGGCUGCCCCCCACCCUGCACCUGGCAGAAGUGGGGGCCGAGAAGGGAGGGGUUUUCUCUCCUAAUGUUGAAGCCAUCAGGCUGGAUCCAGAGCUGAUCGGCAGACACAGCAAGAGUCUCCUUCUCUUCUCUUGGUUGGGAUGCUUUUUUUCAGCCAAUCUGGACACUACUUUAUACUCUCUUCCCUUUCUUUUCUGGGUAGAAGCCACCUCUCCUUUUACUCCUUUUUACAUCGCCCAUUCUCUCACACCAGAAUAUUUUUUCAAUCUGAAAGAAACAAACAGCCUCUAGAAGUAUUUGUGCAUUUUCAUAUUUUCUUUUUUUUUUUCUUUUGAGGAGUCAGCCUUUACCUCCCUCCAGCCUAUCUGGCAUCCACCUCCUUCUGUUUCUCUGAUGUUCUCACUACCUCUUCGCAGGAGCCACCUAAGCCCUUCCCCCUGGCCUUUUGGGCGCCAUUCCUCCUCCUCCUCCUCUUCCAUGUAAGGACAAUUGUCUGUUCUUCUUAAGACCCUGAACCCUUGAUGAAAUUGCCUUCCAGGAUAUUCCCCGUUACAGGUUGGAUAAAUGCAAUUCGGGUACUGCAAAGGUAUGUCCACAACAUGCCACAAUGUAAACAAGAUGACCAGGAGAAUGCGGGCAGAUCUACUUCUUACCAUCCCGUUGUGCCUUGUAUCAAGCCCCAGUCACGUCUCCUGCCGUUGGUCACUGCCGCUGUUUCCCAUUCUGCACCCCCACCCCAGAACUGUAAAAUUAGGGCUGUGCAUGCUUUCGCACCAAGGAAAUUCACAUUUGGUGCUUGGAAUAAAGCAAUGCAAAUGAAGUCAAUUUGCAUCAUUUAUUCCAUUUCCAAUAUUUGUGUUUUAAAGAUUUGCAGGGGAAAUGCUUAGGCAUUUUGUAGGAAAGCUUACAAUAAUUAGGGGAAAGUAGGGGAAACUGGAUAAGGGCAGAGGGAUGGGAGCCGUGCACAGCACAGAGGCAUUCAGCAUUUUACCCUCAUAUUUCUGAGCCUUAUCCAGCUAUUGCCUACAUCCUUCCUAGUGUUUGUGCACAGCCAUGCUGUUUAGAAUCUUGCUUUUUAAAAAAUGACAUCUGAACUUCUCAAGAUGAGACAUUCUAAGCAAGGUAUCCAACUCUGGACUUCCACAGUGAAGCUGCAGAAAUCGCAACAUACCCACAGCCCUGAAUACACUCUUACCUUACCAUUUAACUGCUUAGAGGCCAUUUUGGCAUAUAAGCAGUAUUCAAAUUAUAUAUUUUAAAAAAUCUGUUAAUAGGGAGAUGAAAGUGAGACCCCAGCUCCUGAUGUUAAGGUCCUAGGGCACACCUUGUAUUUUACCGGUGCACAUAUAAACAGGGAUUGGGUUUGUGUAGCUUCACACCAUACGUACAGGUUUGUGAAUGGAUCCUUGCUAAAAUGGUUACGGUUGUCUUGAUCUUGAAAAAGAGAAUUAUAGUUUGACUCGCCAUUUUCCUAGUGGAAAAAUAAAUAAUAAGGAAAUAGGCAGACUAGUUUGGCCUGCAUAUUGGACCCACAAAAACCCUUAAAACAGAUAUCUCUUUGACUAGCGAAUUUUGAAAAAAGAUAUUUGCAUGCCAGAUUUAAAUUAUUACCUGUUCUCAGACAAAGCCCUCCUCCCACAGAGCAAAAAGAGGUAGUUGGCCCAGAUGGCAGAGAGGGAGACAGACAGACAGACAUUUCAAUGAGGUUUGCUCACAAGCAUUUCCCAGUGGAUUUGAUGGUACGGAGGCUGUGAAAAUAUGUCUCAAGUUCUCUUUCACACCUCUGGAGGGAUGAGGAGAUACAAAACAAUCUCAGCUAUGGGCCAUGGCAUGCUAGUGGCAAGUCAAAGAAGUAGGAAGCAACUGAGAGCCUCAAGAAUUGCAUCCUCUGGCCCAACAUCUAUUGCCUUAUGAUGACACUUCUUCUCAAGAGGGUGGGUUGAAGCUGUGGUUUUGAUGUUUUCUAGAGCGGCACACUCACAAUCACUCCAUGAAGAUCAAAGCUCCUUAGCACUCCCAAGUCUCUCUGCCCAUUGUAAUUGGGAUGGUUAAUGUGCGUGUGAAGUUAGGGGGCUUCCGUCUAUGUUGUGAUCAUCUGAGAAAAGAAGACUGAGGUGGAAAAUAGCCAAGAUUGAUCAAUGCAAAUUGAAAAAAGCCAAGUCUGAGAUGCUCCAAAGAGCUCUGGUCCACCCACCUCAGUGCUUUGUAGCUGCUAAGGAGGGGCGAAGCUGAUUUUGCUGGUGCAAUCCUGUGCAUGCAUCCUCAGGUGCAAGUCCCACUGAAUUCCAUAGGACUUACUCCCAUGUAAGUGUGCAUAGGAUUGCAGGCUGUGUCAGCAGUAGAACCCUACCCUUCCCUUGUGAACAUUCUAUGAAGCUUCCUUAUAUUGAGUCAGAACAUUAUUCCAUCGAGUCCUUAUUUCCCUGACCCACUGGACGCACCUGAGAUUAAAGCCAAUUGAGCACUACAAUUUGUUCACCCGAGGUGGUUGGUACCUCUUAGGAAGUGCGAAUGCCUGUAUUCAGUUUCCUGAUGUAAUUAGCAUAGUUUUGAUUAACUGCGUUUCUUGUAUGCUCUUUACUCCGUAUCUCUCCUUGAAAUGUUCACGUGGACCAUUGUAUCAUCGGCUGUAAUGUGUGAACAAGAGGCAUAAUUCACUGGAAAGCAAAUCUUAUUCAAGCCCCAUUUAAAUGUGUAGGUGGAUAGUCUUGUGCAGUAACAUUCACUACUUUAACCUCGUACUGGACAAGGAUCUGAAUUUUAUCAUUUCACUUGCGUGGCAGUAGAGACAGGGGAGAUAAAUGGAUCUGCAUUUAUCUGCCUGUAACAACAUAUCUUCCUCCUUCUGGUCUGUCAUGGUAUACGGUACUAACUCCUUAAUGGUACAUACACUGGUAGUGGUUCUCUGCAUAUCCAGAUUUACUAUUUUUAUUUUUAUUAUUAUAUUGAUUAUUAUUAAUAUUGGUUAUUUUGAUUACCUGUGAGCUGCCUUUUUCUCAUACACUUUUGCUUCAUUAUUUUCUGCCCAGAAAACCCCGACUUCGAUACCAAAAACAAAAAAAAUUAAAAACUGCAGAAACUAAAAAAAAACUUAAAAAUUUUAAAAAAAAUUAAAAAAUUCAAAUCUUUCAGCUUUAUUAACAUUUUCCAUUGUUUCUUGCAAUUUGUGUCUCGUUCUUUGUAGUAUUGAUGAUAAUGAACAUUUGAUAAUGAAUGUUCUUGUAUAUUCAGAUAAAGGGAAAAAAACCAAAAAAGCAGUCUGAAUUUAAUAGUGUUUAUAAUAAAAAUAAAAUAAAAAGUUACCCUCAUAGCACGCAUCAAAGGACAGGCCCCCCCAUCCUGUCUUUACUGUGGCAAACAAGCUCUUCAUACCUGUAUAGUUUUUAACACCAAACUACCUACAUUCACCCUUCCUUUGUUUCCAUUUUUUUAUUAUUAUUAUUUCCAUGCAUUUGUGAAUUAGUUCAAGAAUGCUAGAAAAGUGUAGAGUUGUGCACAUUCAUUUCCUGUUACACAAUGUUUUUUAAAAAAGUGACAGUAAUUCAUUUUGUAAAACUUUUAAAAAUGGUUGGAAUAGUGAGCAUAAUAGGUACACCUAAUACUUUAUGUUUACUAACUUUGAAAGCCAGAAGUUAUUUUUCUUUUCCAUUCUCUGUUUUGCAUUAUUUGAAGGAGCUUUUAUUUUAGGGCCCAAUCCUCUGGGAAGUUCUUCAGGGCAAGCCCCACAGACAUGAAGUGGAGCUGCACCACAGAAUUUCCCGCGCAGCUCCAGUUCAUUUCAACAGGGCAUGACCCUCGGUUCAGUUUUGUUUUUUGUCAGACUACGGCCUUGAAAAAAACAUCUUCCCUGCUUCCUCACUCCUUAAACCUUUUUACUAUAUUCAAAGUGAUGUGAAAAGCUUCAUUAGCAAAACGCAAAACAAAAAAAACCCAUCUAAUUAUUUCCCCCUGUAUUUGCAUGAUUUGUUCUUUUAAUAAAAAUAUUAUUAUUAUACAUCCGUUCGUUGCUUAAGCUGAAGGUGGAAGUACAAAAAUGAGCAUGGAAUUUGAAACGUGGGACACUAGCAAAGCAUUUGAGUACAUGCCUGAAAUUCACUUAAACCUCAGCCUGUGAUUGCUGAAAUGAUUUGUUUAAUAUGAUUAUGAAGCAAGUUUCUUGAGGACUGCUGCAUGGAACUCCCUAAUGAGGAUGAAAUUCAGCAGUCCUGGGAAAUCUAACCCCCUACCCAACAACUGGCUUUCUUUGACAGCCUUUUUGAAAAGCAAAGGUGGGCCAGUGACUCAAUCCACUUCCUGCUGGGUGAAAAUGCAAAUCCUUUCCUAUCCAUACCAGUGUUCGAAACUCCCAUUGUUCUAGGCGCAUUUUGCGACAGGGAAUUUCAUUAGCGCAAGCAGUUUCUGAGCUCUGGGUGCAGUACUGCACCUAAGAUUUCAGAUUAAAACUGCAGAGUGGAAGGAAAGGAGGACCUUUUUCUGCCUCCCCACUUCCAGCUACUCUCUGAAGCUGGAGAAGAGACCCUCUCAAGAAUAUUAGGGGGGUGGGCAGGGGAAGGACUAGACCAUGUGAAAAAAGAACAUAAUAUUUUAGCUGCUGUUCAUUCAUUUCCAGCUUUCUAUUCUUGUUUUAAAAAAAGAAAGCGCCUAGACAUUCCGUUGUUGUGCCCAUAAUAACCAAGGUUUAAGGUGCCACUUAGCUCCUAGAUUUCAUAUCUCAGUUUCUAACACAGAUCCAUACCUUAAGAUCCUUCUAUUGCCAUGUUCCAUCAUCUUGGCCACCGUGAGCCUCGGUCAUCUCAAGUGAGACCUUGAAAACCUGUUUAAUCCAGGGACUUAGUUCCGGAAUAAACAAGUAAUAAUAACACAGAUUACAAUGUGCCUUGCCCUCACCUCUAAGUAACCUCAUCUGGGAUUAGUGAGCAGCACACUCAAUUGAGAACCGGGCUCCCCAGGCUCCCCCUCCUCCUCAAGCUGUCAUGUCCCUGUGGCAAUCCAUGCGGUUGGGAGGAAGUCUGUAUCGGAGCAGGUUGCUGAGUGCUCCGGGUUCCAGCUCAUAGGGCCAACCAAUGCAUUUUGGUAGGCUGCCCUCUUCUAGACAUCCUCCCAAACCUACAGAUAGCAUUGGGGUGAGGACUUGAUCGUGGAGGGCAUGGCAAAUGUGUGCAGCCCCCAUUCUGCAUCACAGAAUCAUAAAAUUGCAGAGUUGGAAGUGACCACUAGAUUCGUCUCGUCCAACCCCCAGCAGUGCUGAUUUCUUUUAGCUCAACAUGGGGCUUGAACCCCCAGCCCUGAGAUUAAGAGUCCCGUGCUCUACCGACUGAGCUAUCAUGUGCCGUUAAUUGCAUGUAAUUGCAUACCUCAAUAGGGUUUCAAGGUCAGAGGUUUCUGAGAUAUGUGAGCCCCAGUAUCUCCUUUAAGCAUCACUUAGCCAUAUUGCUUAUAUUAACUCCUUGAGGUCAGGGGUGAUAAGCGAGCAGGUAUAGAAAUUUCAUUAAUAAUACUAAUCAUAAUAGUAAUAAGCCACCCAAAGUUCCUCACUUUGAUCUACUAGGGUUCACUUGAGCCUUCAAAAUCCUGACUCCAGGCCACACCAACUACCCAAGGCUGAAACGCUCAUGAAACAAGAUAAUAGAUUUUAAAAUACAAUCAAGCAGAAAUCCAGUUUUCAAAUGCUCAAAGAAGCACCGAGGCUCGGCAUUUCUCAAGUGUUUAAGAUUAAACAGCAGAUUUUACAUUUAGUUUCAUCCUGCCUUUCUUGUAAGUACUGAUCUUAAUGGCUUGGCUGCAGGUCCUAGUCAGUCUUAAUUCACAGCCAAGCUUUCUCCAGCAGCAGAAAUAAGUAAAUGUGUUCUUCGGUGUGACCCGGCAGUAAAACACUUGCAAGUUUAUCUUGUUUAGCUUAAUUGUCAGGAACAUAGUUUUGGGAUCAGAGAUGAAGAAAUAAACACUUUGCCGAACACACAUGACAGCCGCCAUUAUAAUUACAAUUCAGCAGAUAAGGUUAAAAGCAAUGUUUUAUUCAGGGGAUGCUCAAGGACAUGUAGUACCAGCACCGUUUUUUCUAGAAGAAAAGCACUGAUUAAAACUAAGUAGAGCUGAGCUGGGAAGGGCGGGGGCCUUUUGUGCCUCUCAAAAAGCGGAGCCCCUCCAUCAGUGCUUUUACAUAAAUAUAUCACCAGAUGUGUCCCAUUGCUAAAGACAACCAGGUUGAUGCUCCCUGUUAUGCCAUUUAAAUCCCCACAGUACAAAACACAAACAAGAAACAGAAAGUAUUGGCCCAAGUGCCUUAGCAGCAAGAGCAUACACAAACACACACAAACACCAUUCAGAAUUAAAACAAAGCAGUGGCCUUUAAUUCUGCUGAUUGGCAUUGCAAUGUAGCCAGCUCUUAUUUCGACGUAGCACCACGACAUCAUUACACUAUCUUUCUCGUGAUUAGUUGAGAUCAAAGGCAGGUCUACCUCCCCUUGUGCAUAGAAUUGUACAGUUUGAAGGGGGCCCAAGUUUCAUCUCCCUGCAAUGCAGGAAUCUCAACUCAAGCAUCCAUGCCAACCCUCUGCUUAAAAACUAACAAGGAAGGAGAGUCUGCCGCCUUCCGAGGGAGUCUGUUCCACUGUCAAAUAGCUCUUCUCACCAUAAAGUUCUUCCUGGUGUUUAGUUGGAAUCUCCUUUCUUGCAGUUUGAAGCUGUUGGUUUGGGUCCUACCCUCCAGAGCAGGAGAAAACAAGCUUGCUUUAUCCUCCAUGUGACAGCCCUUGAGAUACUUUUAGAAGGCUAUCAUAUCUCCUCCCAGUCUCCUCUUUUCCAGCCUAAACAUACCUGACUUCCUCAGCGGUUCCUCAAGAGGCUUGGUUUCCAGACCCUUGAUCAUCUUGGUGGCCCUCCUCUGCACACGUUCCAGCUUGUCAAUAUCCUUCUUAAAUUGUGGUGCCCAGAACAGGACACAGGACUCCAGAUGGGUCUGAUCAAGGCAGAAUUGAGUCAUAAUAUGAUCAGAUCCCUGUUCUUCAGUUGAUGUAGCCAAGAACAGCAUUGGGGGGUUUUUGCUGCUGCAUCACACUGUUGACUCAUGUGAAGUGCCUGGUCUACUAAGACCCCUAGAUCCUUUUUGCAUGUCUUAAGUGUGUGAUCUUAACAUUUGUCCCUGUUGAAAUUCAUUGUUCAUGAUCCCAUUCUUGUUCUGGAAAACUGAGAGAGGGGAUUUCAGCCAUUUUCUCAUGGGGCAGGAGAAAUUCUAGGGAUCUUCAGGUGAUGGAAGUAUUUUCCAUUAAAAAAUGCAAUCUGAAACAAUUUGCAGCCAGGGCUGCCAUUUUCUCUCACAGUCUCUCAUUGGAGUGACGCUACGUCAUGACAUUGUGGGGAGAAAUGGUGCCCUGUUGGAGGUGAAUAGUUGCAGAGCUGAGCAAGUAUAUGUAAGAGAGAACUUUUUUUUCUGCUUUCUUUGUAAGCCCUUGCCCCUCAGAAGUUUGGAUUUUCUUCUUAACUUUCUCAUCACCCAAUUCUUUUUUGGAGCAAACCCUCAGCCUUCAUAGGAUCACAUUGUUAAAUGGAUCCAAAAUCAGUCCAGUUCAGGCACAGUAUUUCCCCCAUAUCUGCCCGUGUGUAGACGCAAGUAAUUCAUUCUGCUUCUCUGUCAUCUCAUCUUCCUCCAGCUCACCUUUGAUGCCCUUGCCAUUCAAAGGUGCAACAGCCUCCUUAGCCAGUCCCUUGCUACUAAUUAUUUACUUUUUUGGUUGGUCUUAAUGUUUUAGCAAUGUGCUCCUCAGAUUGUUAUUUUUAGCAUUCCUUUUUGUCUGCUUUCAUUACUUUUGCCACAGUUUUUGCUCCUUCUUAUUCCCCUCACUUGGAGAAGACUUCCGUUUUCUAAAGAAAGCUGUCUUGUCUCUAAUUACUAGAGUUUAAUAGCUUGUUUGACUCUGUUCGCUAACCAUACAUUAACCACACUGACAUUAUCUUUGCUCUGGUGGUACCUUUCUUAAUCUGUGGUAUGCAGUAUAGCUGAGCUUCUAAUACUGUGGUUUUAAACAACUCCCAAGCAUUUUGGAGUGAUUUGACCCUCUUGGCAGCCAAGUUCCUUCAUCCAAAUUUUUGCGAAGCUUCCUAUGUUGAAGUCAAAUGUGACUGUUAGAUUUUCUUGGCAAUCGCACAUUUGUAUUGAAUUCAGGGCAUAGUGUGGGGGCUGUGACCCUGGGCGCAGAAUCUGCGAGGGGGGCACAAGUCCCUGGGUGAGUGCAGAGGGUUUUCUUCACCCUCCAUGUCCCCCUGCUCCCACCCAUCAGCUGACAGGCAAAUGCCAUGCGCUAGGUGGGGGUGGGGCAUGGAGGGUUCAUAGCACUCUCUGUACCCCUCCCCCAUCCCAUGCAACACCACUGGCAUGAAGGACCAGUAGCAUUUCAGAGAAAUCUACCUUGAAGGUCCUGGCUAUCAACAUCGUCACCACAACCUAAAUUUCACUUCCAGGUCCUCAUGGGAACAUUUCCCCAUGUCAUUCAUGCCAGACUGCAUCAUGAGCAUUCACAUUCAUCAAUCUGUGUUCCUAAUGGUUGAAUCGCCCACUGACAAGAUCCCUUCACCCCACCCAGAGGAAUAUCCUCACCCUGAGGGGAUAACUGCUCAUCUCCCAAGGAAAUGGUCCCUUCUAAGGGAUCAUUUCUGUCUUCCUCAGAGUGGUGGCCUUCUUUCCAGAGAUGCUCAUUCUUCAUGACAGCAGGGAUGCCAUCAUCCUGGGAGAGCGACACAGGUAUCAUGUCCCUGAAGGCCUUGCCACCAUCUGCUCUGCCCCUCUCUCUGCUCCUCCAGCUCAGCCAUCUUGGCGUCAAGGGAACAAAUCUAAAGGCUAGGGUUUGCUUCACCCACAACCUUUGUCCAGCAGGCAGACAGCCGUACAUAUGACAGACAGUGCAAUCCGCUGGCGGGAAAACCACAGCACAGCUUCUGGGUUUCUAACUGCAUAUCUGUUCAUGUUGUUUACCAAUGAGUUUAGUCGGGAGUUUGAGAUUGGUUGGAUCAAAGGGCAGUCUGCCCUAGUCUCCUUGCCCUGCUACCAAACUCGCUUAGCUGCUUAACUCACCUGUUAGCUUGACAGUUUGUCGCUGGGGAAAAGAACGAGGUGAACUUUACAAAUCCCAACAUUUUUCUCCAGCUCAGAUUAAAACAGGCAUCCCCAACCUGCGGCCCUCCAGAUGUUUUGGCCUACAACUCCCAUGAUCCCUAGCUAACAGGACCAGUGGUCAGGGAUGAUGGGAAUUACAGUCCAAAACAUCUGGAGGGCCGAUGGUUGGGGGAUGCCUGGAUUAAAAUUUACACCAAUUCUGGCUUCCCCAGCCCUAUAACAUCCUCUCUCAACUUUCCCUUUAGACUUAUGGGCCACUGAUGGUGGCUUCAGCACCAAGGAGAGCGAAAGCAGAGCAUCUGUCCCCCUCUCCCAAUCUAGUCACUUGGUGUUCUUUAAGAGGGCAACCAAGAUGAUCUAGUGUCUGGAAACAUGAGGAGCACUUGGUGGUGCUGGGUAUGUUUAGCCUGAAAAAGAGGAGACUGAGAGGAGAUACGAUAGCCAUCUUCAAAUAUCUUAAGGGCUCUCACAUGGAAAGGGAACAUGCUUGUUUUCUCCUCUAGAGGGUAGGACUCGAACCGAUGGCUUCACCUUACAAGAAAGGAGAUUCCAACUAAACAUCAGGAAGAACUUUCUGACAGUAAGAGCUGUUCAGUGGUGGAACAGUCUCCCUCAGGAGGUUGUGGACUCUCCUUCCUUGGAGGUUUUUAAGCAUGGCCAUCUGUCAUGGAUGCUUUAGCUGAGAUUCCUGCAUUGCAGGGAGUUGUACUAGAUAACCCUUGGCCCCCUUCCAACUCUGAUUCUAUGAUUCUAUUCAGUGGGUCACAGAACCAAUGGCCCUCCGUAGCCUCUGUGAGAAUUGCAUUUUCCAUGGAUCACUGUGCUGUUCAUCCUGAUGCAACAACACCAAAGUAUUGGGGGCGGGGUAGGAAACAGACUUCCUUGCCUACUCUCCCCUCCCACUUGCACUGCCACAGCUCCUGUUGCCCACUGCUGGUAAUUCUUCUAAGAGUGGGGAGGAUAUUUGGGAGACCAAAGGAACUAGCAACGAAGGGUCAGAUUGAAGUUUUUCUUUUUCUUUGAAAUAACUUCCACGGUAUUUGACUUUGUAACUAAAAGCAAGCAGAGCUAGGCAUGCACCCACUCUGUUAGGUGAGCAAAUAGUGCACCCCUUGUAACUAGCCCUAACGGUGCUGAUCCAGCAGAUUUGCAGAAUCUGGGCCCACAUUUAGAAGGCAAAUUCAUUGAAUGUAUGGUAGCCUAAGCCUCACUUUUAAGGCAACCCCAAAUCACUGUUACUCUACACGUGGGAUGACUCUGUAUAUAGUCUGUCAGGAUGAAAUCUCAAUCUGGCAAGAGUCUAUGUCAUCUAUCUCACAUGGCACAGAGAAAGUGGUGCUCAACCCAUCUAAACUUUAUUUGGUCAAUUAUGGUAUCUCUCUCAAAUUAGCACUGAAGCUGCCAUUUAUUCUUGGGGUGGGAUCAUGGAGUUAUAGAGUCAAAUGUGUUUUAGGCAGGAUCAGACAUUACUUUUUCUUCCAGUAAGGAAGAGCCCAUAACUUGUCCUUGAUCAUACUGUGUUUUAAAGGAUUUGCAGAACUAAGCUAAUUUUGCAAAGGCAGUUUGAGCUACAAUUUAGCACCUCAAAAAUUGGCACUGUAAAAUUGGCCUCCUUAUUUGCCAUUUAUUGUGAACUUUUCACAUCACACUUUGUAUCAGUCCCUUAUUUUCCCCAUGCAACUUUACCUGAAGCUUCUUGAAAAUAUUAUUACCCUUGCUAUUAUCAAAAAUGUAUUAUAGCAUACAUUGUUUUUGCUUAUCACGAGCCCUUUUGUUGAGUGUAAAGACACCCUGCUUUGUUCUGUUAUUGCUUUGUCUUCAUUCUUUUGUUUCCAGUAGGUUCCCCCUAGAAACCCUAGGAAGCAUUUCCUUUGAUUUACAUCAAGCUUUUCUGCUCCUUUAAAAACAAAGGCCUCUGUCUUUUUAAUUCCCACUGAAACUCUUCUGUUCUAUAAUAAUACUAACAAGGUGUAGGUUUUACAGUCUCCUGAUUUGUACUGGUAAUGCAUAUUCCAAAUAAAUAGUUUCUUUUGUUGC